CCCAGGAUUGCAACCAACCAGAUGGUCUCUCUGUUACCUUGCUCUACCUAGGUCUAGGGGAUUAACAGGCCUUGACACACAUUGUACUGCUCUUGUUUACCAAUGUUUGGCAUUUCACCUUAAGUAUAUACACUGCCAUGUACUUUCGUUGAUCUCUUGAACUAUAGGCUUUGUAUUCUCUGGAGACUUUGAUGAUACAAUUUGAAAAUAUUGAUUCGGUGACGGAUUCGGUGGUUUAAAAUAAGGGUCUGAUUUUGAAUAGGCCACUUCUAUGUGAGUGUCCUAUCUGCAGGCAUGCAGUGACCGUUUUUUGGGGUGAAGUUAUCAUUCAGUCCAUCAAAUAUAUAUCUGGAUAGGGCUACCAUUCAGUGAAGGGAUAAUGUUAAUCUUACAGGAUAUACUCAUUUUCAGGUGACUGUACCAUUUCAAUGGAUAAUGAAGUGUCUUCUUUUUGAUUCCACUAACUUGGAUAUUAUGUCAGUUUACACUUUCCUUUGAGGAUAUGACUAUUUCCAUCACCUACGUGUAGGAUAAAAUUCAGGUAACAUUUCCGUCAUAAAUUUUAGAAACGUGGAGAAGUAGAAUAGAUUAUUUGUAAGAGCUUUAAGUUAUAAAGACGUUUCUUUGUUUAUGAACACUAUUUGAGCACUGACUCAAGAAUCAAAAUGCCGAAACUGAAGAAUCUUUGUGGAUGUGGCAUCAAGUCCAAGCAUUCAAAGUCCAAACGUCCCCACUCCUCUUACUACGGCGAACCAGGGGACAAAUCUGCACCAGAGGAGGACGAAGAUGCUCAACUGAUUCGUAAGACUGCCAUUCCUGAGAAGAGGGCUUUUUUGGAGUUCACCAGCAAACAUGGUAAAGGCUUUGGAGAGGUGAUACCUGGUGAUGACGGUCACGAGGGACCAGGUACAGAUGUGGAUGAAAAGGAUCCAAAAAAGCACGAAAUCUCAAAGGGUAAGCCCCGAACUGUUGGUAAUGGAAGGGCCGUGACAGAAAGUGUGACGCCCAUUCAAGACUCCUCCUCAGGCAGGAGCUUCCUGGUUAAGACUCCAGUUGACGAACGCCAGAUUCGUGAAAGGCAUUUUCCAUCCCAACAGUACGCCACAGCGGAAAAUGCAAAUUUUCAGAAAGAUGUGGAACGUGAUGGAAGCAACUCGCAUCUCCUUGACGAAAGAUCUGUCGAGGAUAUUCUCUCUGACAAACUUGUGGCAGAGAGUUUGGAAUAUCUGCACCGUAUUGCUGCAUCCGACCAAGCCAGUCUCCAUGACACCUCUAGUCCAUCCAUUAGCAAUCUACCUACGUUUGCCCAGUAUGGCAAUGAUAGUUUUGAUGGGAAGGUGGACAGUGGUUUGGUACAGAAACGAGACGCCCGGCCAUCAUACCAGGAGAGGCAUUUUCCACUACAUGAGCAAGGGGUGGCGGAAUCCAUGAAGGGAUCUGUUCCAGCUAAUAGUCUCCAUGCACCUAUGGAAAUGAAAGGUUUUUCUCUCAACAGUAAAGAAGUCAAUAUAUCACCGCAGGAUAGGCCCUUCUUGUUCGAUGGGAUAGAUUUGUCAUCUUUAGAUACAUCUUUCCCAGUGUAUGAACGGUUAGUCGAUACUUCUCUAGAGGAAUCUUUUUGCGUCGAGGAAGUGAGGAAUCGGAACGCGGAGAAGCCUUUUGAGAUUUCUGACCAAAUGCUCGACUCGGCUUUUGGGGAUAAGCCAUUUCUGGUUAUGGAUCCGUUGAGGCCUGUUCCAGUUAUAGAUCAGAAAUGUCGCCCAGCAUUUGAGAGGAAAUUACCAGAGGAUCCGGAUUAUGAUGAAAUAGCCGAGCCAAGUUUGACGUCUUCGACUUCAACUGAUACCCAGAUCUCUGAUGUGGUGGUGCCAGGACAAGCAGAUCCCACCACAGCCAAGGAAGCCCUCUUGCUCUGGAGCAGGAGGACGGUCGAAGGCUACCCAAAUCUCAAAAUCAAAGAUUUCUCUCGUAGUUGGAGAGACGGCAGAGCAUUCCUUUCCAUUAUACACAGACACAGGCCAGACCUCGUUGACCUCCGAGCAGUACGGGCACAGACGCCUCGUGAAAACCUCGACAUGGCAUUUGACAUUGCAGAAAACGAACUGGGAGUCACGAAACUCUUAGAUCCUGAAGAUGUUGAUGUUCCCGAACCAGAUGAACGGUCUCUCUUGACGUAUGUGUCCUCCCUGUAUGAUGUGUUCCCAGUUGUCCCCAGCGUGGAACAGUCAGUCAGGGACAACGAGAGACAACUGAAGCUGGAUGAAUAUCGUGAUCUUGCCUCGUCUUUACUCAACUGGAUCAAAGAUGCUACAGCCAUCAUGUUAAAUAGAAACUUUCCUCAGACGUUAGUGGAACUUAGAAGAUACCUUAAAGAUUUCAAUAGAUAUAGAGUGGAAGAAGUCCCGCCACGACUUCAGCAAAUGCGCAAAAUUAAGGAUCUUUUUAACGGGCUGGAGUCGCUAGGUGCUGAAAACAGUGACUUUUUAGAGACGUCGCUCCACUUAGAUAACAUAGGCAGACUGUGGGAUAGAUUCACUUUAGCUCAACAAGAAAAAGAAAUGGCCAUCCAAGCUGAAAUAACAAGGUUGGAAAGGUUACAACGACUGGCUGAGAAGCUGAUACGUGAUGCCAAGGGUAGUGAGGAUCGACUCGGUGAUAUAGAACGGAAACUCACGGAGGAGGAAGGCCGUCUGGAACGGCUCCACCCAGUAGACGCUAAGCACACCUGUGAUGCAAUUGACCAUUCCCUGAGAGUGGAGGAGACCACGCUCAGGAACAUGUUCAGUGAUGUUCAGACGCUAAAGAAUGGCAGAUACCACCAAGCUGACGAUCUAUACAAAAGGAUUUUUGAGUUGCACCAGCGGUGGCUAAGCCUAUGGACCAAGUUACAAAAUGACAUCUACCAAAAACUCACGGCCAGGACGUACGUUCAGGAAGGCAAAACGAUCACGAGACGAAAAGAGGUGAUAACGGAAGUCAGACUCGUCGAGACGAAUGAGGUGUUCAAGAAACUACAGCAGUGCUUGGAUUGGAUACAAGACAAACUGAAUGUUGUUGACAAAACUGAUUACGGAUCUGACCUACAGUCCGUGCAAGAGGCGAUCACACGACAUCAACCUGUUCACAGAGAGAUCAUGGAGUUCCAGCCCAGGAUGGAGAAGUGCAUGGCUGACAAGCGUACGUUGUCACCAGAAGAACAGAAACUAUACACUGACAUGCUCAACAAGCUAGAAACUGCAUAUUCGAAUCUAACUACAUCUUCAAGUGGAAGACUAAGGAGUCUCCAGUCAUUACAAGAAUUCAUCCGUGCAGCUACACAGGAACUCAUGUGGUUGAACGAGAAAGAAGAGAUUGAGAUUUCACGCGACUGGAGCUCACAAGCGCUACAGAUGGGCGAAACGGAACAGUACUAUGAGAUCGGGUAUUCUCAAUUUAAGGCUCUAAUGAGCGAACUCGAGAAUCGUGAAUCCCAGUUCAACAAGGUGCAAGACAAGGGUGAGGCCUUGGUACUAGACAGACAUCCAGCAUCCAAGACGAUAGAGGCUUAUAUGCAAGCUAUGCAAACACAAUGGUCUUGGCUGUUACAGCUGACCAUGUGCUUAGAAACUCAUCUCAAAUAUGCAUCUUCAUACUACCAGUUCUUUGAAGAUUGCCGUAACUGUGAGAAUUGGAUGCUGAGGCAAGAGGAUGUAUUAAGUAUUCAUUUCGCACGCGAUGAUGUCAACCUUGACGAGGGUGAGAAACUGAUGCGGGAAAUGCAGGAACUUCGAGAAAUGUUGAAUGAGUACAAGGCCUUAGUGGACACCCUCAAUGAGAAAAGUACCGAAAUUAUUCCACUCAAGUUGAGAAGAAAGCAAAUGUCUUCCCCUAUCAAAACUACUGCACUCUGCUCAUAUAAGCAACUGAAUAUGAGCAUCUCCAAGAAUGAAGACUGCUUACUCUUAGACAACAGCCAGCAGGUGAAGUGGAAGGUGCGGAAUGCCUCGGGUCAGGAGGGCCUCGUGCCGGCAGUCUGUUUACUCAUUCCACCACCAAAUCAAGAGGCCAUAGACACAGCAAACAGGUUAAAGAAGCGGUUCGAUAGUCUCAUCUCAAUAUGGCGCCAACGCCAAGGUCAACUCCGGAAGAACAUGAUUUUUGCCACCAUCGACGUCGUCAAGAAUUGGGAUCUUCCAACAUUCAUGGCACUCGGUCCAUCCCAAAGAGAGGCCAUUUUCAAGGCAUUGAAUCAAGAUACGGAUAAACUGCUGUCAGAGAGUGACAUCUCGCCACAGGAUGCUGCGAAAUUGCGGCAAGAAAUGGCAGAGUGUAACAAAAUAUUCAAAGAUUUGUCGGAUCGGUCAGGAAAGGAAGGUCACAUGGCGAAGUCCCCCUCGCGCCAAAUGAUCGAACAGAUUGACCAGCUCCGACAGAUUCUUGAAGGUCUGGAGCAGCAGCUCGCAAACCGCCAGCGUGAUGCUGUCCCGCGAGACAUGGAUAUGCUACAAAGUCUGGUCCAUCAACACAAGGAUUUUGAAACACAACUCCAGAACCAUGAACCGCUUAUAGAUUCUAUCCAGAGAGCUUAUCGUAGCCUGCAAGUACAAAGUCCCCAAUCAGAUAUGAGGUACCAGCAAGCUACAGAGAGAUGGGAUAGACUUUGGUCCAUGUCACAUCUUUACGUCGAAAGGUUAAAAGCCACAGAGAUUCUGCUGAACGGCCUAGAGGAGGCCGACCGGGUGCUUAUUGAUUUCGAAACGAUUCUCCUCUCACAAGACAAGAUGUCCUCCGAUCGGGCUGUACUCGUACUCGUCAUACAAGAACUCAAGGACACUCUCGCAGCUGCUCAAGAACACCAGAAUUUGUUCGAACAGCUCGGUGAUGAUCUUGUGGCGUUGAGGAAAUUUGUGGAACAUGGUCGUCCAGGUGUCACAAGUCAUCCAGACAUUGACAAGUUCACCAAAGACACGCAGAGAAUCUGUCAGAGAUACCAGAGACUUGUCCAUGCCAUUUCUGAAAGGUUACAUAUAGCUGAGGCUGCCGAUGAGGUACUGUCCCCAUACCACAACGGCAUCCGAGCAGAGAAGAAAUGGGUCGCCAGCAUGGAGAACAAAGUCUUCACACAACCGAGGGUAAAGGACGAUCUCCCAAGCCCUGAUCUCAACCGGAUGUUAGAAGCAACCCUGCAACUAUACAGCACACUCCACGAUCACAAGUCACCCAUUGAGAAGGUCAAUGAAUGUGGCGGCAGGUUCGUACAGGAGGCGCAGUGUUACAACAGGCACCUGGAGAAAUACAAAAACGCCAUGGGAGACGUCGUACCGCAGACUGCAGAGACGAUGCCGUCGACGAAACGUGCCAAAUACCAUACCCCGAUCGAGCAGGUGGAGAGCGAUUUGGAUGGGUUGAAUCGGCAGUACAUGAACUUGAUCACUGUUGUCAGCGACCGGGUGAAGAUGAUUACAGCUCUGUUGGAGAAGACAGGAAAGAUUGUGUUGAUUCCACCAAUUCUCCAGGAAGGCGAAGUGCCAGAGAUCUGCACGUACCGCCAACUACUCGAUUCAAGACUCCUGGGAGAUGAUGACGCAGUAUUCUCUGAUAUGGAUACAUCUGGUAGUAAUGUAUUUGAUAGCGAAAUAGAUUACACGGAUAGCUUGCAAUCCCAAGCAAUGGCACCACAAAUGGGAAAGACUCUUAGUCCGUCAUAUGAAAGCCGAACGCAUCGACAUCGAAGUGAAAGUUAUACAACUUUUGUCGAUGCGGCAAAUGGCGUACCUACUUCCGAUCAUUCACAGUUGUUAAAUUCUGCUAAUGUUGUAAGUACGGCGUCCGAGCUGUUCUCGCGAGCAGACGCACGGUCUUCCAAUUCCCCCACAUCUCGCACCAUUCCAAGACAGGGCUCUCUGCAGACGAUCGUUACGUCUUCUGAGGACGCCACAUCGGGACCUAAAGGAUCUGUACAAGCAAUUCCUGUGAUACAGCCCUCUACGGGCAAAAAGAUGAGCCUCGUUCAGGCCCUCCAGAGUGGUUUCUUAGAUAUUCAGAACGAGCAGUAUCAUGAUCCUCAUAGUGGAAGAUACAUUCCUUUAGCAGAGGCUGUGAAGUUGGGUUACAUAGACCCUCAACUGAUGGAGGAACUAAACCAGGAUAUUGGCUUGAAGGAUCCCAAAACCGGAAAGUCUUUGACUCUUUUGGAAACAAUCCAAAAGGGACUGUAUAAUCCUGUCACAGGUACCAUUACUGAUCCACGCACAAAACAGACAAGCACAGUGGAGGAGGCUGCCCAGAAGGGGCUGAUCUCUCCUGCCGCUGCUGCUAAACUAGCGCCACCUGUCACCACUGUGUCCUCCACCACCGAAAGCCAGGCAGUCUACGGGGCCACCAGCGCUCAGGACACACAGCCAUAUCUCCCACUUAGCGAUGUGAUAUCCAAAGGACUUUAUGACAAGAAAACUAAAAAGUUCAUCGACCCCAUAUCAAAGGAAAAACUGACUCUUCAGCAAGCUGUGCAGCGAGGACUGAUUGAUCCUACUUCCAAGGACAUUGUCCAUCCGGUAACAGGACAGAAGAUCUCCUUAGAGGAUGCUGUAGGUAAGGGAGUCAUUGACCCAAACACUGGUGAAUACAUUAACAAAAAGACAAGAGAGAAAAUGGACUUGGAGGAUGCUUUUAGGGAAAACUUGAUAUCAAAACCGACCUCACUUCCUGAAGCUCUGACUGAAGGCAUUAUGGAUGUCCAUGGGACAGUUCGUCCUACUAAAACAGGGAAGAAGUAUACUCUCCAGGAGGCCAUCAGUCGAGGUAUUUUGGACACAGAUGCCAAGUGUAUCAUAGAUGCCAAGACUGGUGAGGUACUCUCAUUAAUUGAAGCUAUACAGAGGGGUCUCAUUGACAUUACGGGUAAAUUUGUCGAUCCCAAAACAGGUGCAAGGAUGUCGCUCCAUGAUGCUGUCACUGAUGGUCAGUUGAAGUUGGUUAGCAAAGAUGUGUCAUUUGGAGAGACUGGCAUUUCUGAUCUUACUUCUGGUGAGAAGCUCACACUACCCGAGGCCAUUCAGAGAGGUCUAAUUGAUCCCAUGACCGGAGUUUACUUCAACAACAAGUCUGGUCGAAAGAUGACCAUUGACGAAGCGAUGAAAAAGGGAUUUAUUGGUGCUAAAUUUGGUCAGAAACUGCUUGGCGAUUCUGGUUUGAGGGAUAGCUAUGGUGAUGCUGUGUCCGUGAUGGAUGCUAUCACCAAAGGAUACCUCGAUCCAGAAACUGGGCGUAUCAGUGACCCAGAUUCUGGACGUGCCAUGACAAUACAGGAAGCAGCCGCUUCUAAUUACAUAUCAGGUGAGAAGGCGGAAAUGCUGAUGGAGCUGACCAGCCCCAUGAUUGCCACGACAACUAUUACAACUCAAAUCAAACCAACAGCUCAGGUGCUUGAACAGGCAAGGGCAGAGAUGGGAGUAUCAAAAUUAGUAACAGAAGGUAUGCCUUUCCCCGCAGCCCAGAAAGCUGGAUUGGUCGACUUGUCAACAGGCCUUUUCAAAGAUCCGAAGACUGGUAAGAGUAUGCCAAUCGACAGUGCAGUACGACAAGGUCUUCUUCAGCCAGAAUGGGCUGCAAGGCAGAACAGUGGAGAGAAUGGUGUAGAUGAGUUCUCACUCCGUAAACUCACAAAACCCACCAAGAAACCUGAUGAGAAAGGUGGCAUAAGUCUUGAAGAUGCCCUACAACAGGGAUUACUGAGUGAGUCGACUGGCUGCUACCGAGAUCCUGUCAAAAUUGGUGCUAGGCGAAUCUCGCUGGAGGAAGCCAUCACACACGGUCACAUCAACCCCGAGUCUGCCAUGGUGAUUGAUCCAAACACUGGGGAACCUAUGGACCUUCAGGAUGCGAUUGACAAGGGUUUAUUAGGCGCUACAGGCCAGGUCACAUCACCAGUAAAAGCUACCCGGACUUCGCUACAAGAAGCACUAGAAAAGGGAGUAAUCACACCAAUUAGGCCUGGUGCUAUUCCGGAAGAGUCUCGUGUCAUAGGAACCAAACGAAUGGAAGUGACAGCCUUCAAUGACCCAAAAUCAGGUCGAGAAAUCCCACUCCAUGAGGCAGAGGCGAGGGGCCUUGUGGACACUGUCGCAGGUACAUGCAGGGAUCCAAGAACGGGAGAAGUGCUGUCAAUAAGUGAUGGGGUCGAUCGUGGCCUGAUAAAGGUGGAGGAGGUGGAUGCAAGCAUCGAUGGCAGGCCGGACACCACUUGCGUCAAAGAGACCAAAGCUUUUACCAUCACUGGUGUCAUCGACCCUAAAACAGGUGAAGAGAUCAACAUCAGCCAAGCUAUCAAGGAUGGAGUCCUGGACCAGAGAACUGGCCACUACGUCACCAAGGACAAGACAGGGAAGAAGAUUAAGAUACCCUUAGAUGAAGCCAUUAGUAAAGGCCUUGUCAUUGCUUCCCAGGCCCCUGCUGGAGCACAUGCCAAACCUGGUAUCACUCAAGCAACCAAGACACUGUCUGUGAAGAGUGUCUAUGAUCCUGUAUUAAAGCAAGACAUUUCUGUGGCCGAGGCUGUAAAGAAAGGCUUGAUUGACCAAUCACGCGGGGUCUAUGUCCAUCCAAUCACUGGCGAGAAGAUGCUGAUAACAGAUGCGGUGAAACGCGGCUUGGUAAAUGCCGAAGUGACCAAAGAUAGGGGACCAGGUGAUCUUGAGAUCCCGAUGAACACCAUCGUGACAUCAAAUGACACUUCAAUGACGGUGACAGGUGUUGUUGACCCUAGGACAGGUCAAGACAUCUCUGUAUCUGAUGCCAUAAGGGAAGGACUCUUGGACCAACAAACCGGUCAGUACACUAACCCUGUCACUGGGCGCAUCAUGUCAAUCAGUGAAGCAAUCGACCAGGGUCUGGUGAAAGCAGAGGCAGAUGUUGACCGAGUAACAGCAGACGUCAGUAUGCAGGCCUUCAGGACGUCAGAUGACUUUGGAGACAUCGAAGGCUCAGUAUUACAUUCCAAAUCAAAGAAAUUUGACAUCACUGGUGUCCUUGACCCCACAACUAUGGAGAUGGUCAGCUUACCUGAAGCCAUAGCAAGAGGUUUAGUUGACCCUGAACAGGGCACAUACACCAGUCCACAAACCGGAGAACAGAUGUCAGUGUCUGAUGCAUUUAACAAAGGCCUCAUACAAGGCAAGAAGUCAAGCAUGACCAUAGAUAAGGGCAUCUUUAGUGUUGAAGCUAAAAUUAAGUCACCCAGAUCAUCAACUGAUGAUGAGGUUUUCGAGGAGGAGAUAACAGGUGUCAAAGACCCUAGAACUGGGAAGUUUGUUAGCCUUGAGACUGCCAAAAAAGCUGGCAUAAUUGACGAACGAGCCACGCAGUACCGAAAUCCUAUCACUGGGAAAACCAUGUCCAUAGAUGAAGCUCACGCUCAAGGUCUAAUCAAGAAAACGCCUGUCCGUAGGGAUAAGAUCAUUUCAGUGAAGGACCCGAGAACUGGGAAAAUGAUCAGUUUGGAGACGGCCAAGAAGGCUGGAAUCAUUGACGAGGAUGCGGGACUCUACAGGAACCCCAUCACAGGCAAAACAAUGACUAUAGAUCAGGCUGCUGCAUUAGGGCUCGUCAAGAGAAUACAAGUCCAACCAACAAAGGCUCCAAGCAAGAUCUCAUUUGAAGAUGCCAUGAAGUUAGGCCUUAUUGAUACAGAUUCUGGAACGUUCCGUGAUCCGAACACAGGCGAGACUAUACCACUAGCAGAUGCCAUCAGCCAAGGUUUGAUUGACAUGCAAGCACCUGCUCUUCACGAUCUUAACUCGGGCAGGAAAAUACCACUGGAAGAGGCCAUUAACAGAAAACUUAUCGACCCCAAAACAGGCCGCCUGAACAAAUUCAAAGCCAAAUCAUUGGGCCUCAAUAUAGCGGAAGUGACCGAAAGGAAGCCAUUGAAUUUUGAAGAUGCUGUGAAAUGUGGCUUACUAGAUGCGAAAACGGGUGAGUUCACUGACCCUUCAACUGGUCAGAAACUGACACUCGAAGAUGCAAUUAAGGAUAACUUGGUUGAUGGCAAGUCGAUUUCCAUCACGGACAUGAGCACCGGGAAGAGAAUGUACUUGGAUGAUGCGAUAGCUGCUGGUGUCGUUGAUGGCAAGACGGGCCAGGUCUGCGACAGUGCAACUGGUCAGAGUCUACUGUCUCUUGAUGAUGCCUUAGAGUCUGGACUGGUACAAAGUACCUUUGAUCCGACAACCGGCGACGUGCUUGACCUUGAAUCAGGUCGCAAGCUCAGCAUCACUGAGGCACUGCAGGCUGGCACUAUCGAUGACAAGGUGCAAGUCUAUGACCCUAAGACUGGAAAGCACAUCUCCUUGGAUCAAGCAAAGAAGAAGGGGAUAAUUGAUAAGACUAAAGGAACCUAUACCGACAAAGAAACUGGAAAGAAGAUAACUAUCAAGGAUGCUGCCAAGUUGGGACUUCUGGCUGUUGUUGGUGCUCCAGUACUAGCAGGGAUGGCUGUGUAUGAUGCCGUCAAGAGCAAGAAAGAUAAGCCCAAGAAACCAGGCAAAGUUUGGACAAGAAUGGGAGAAACAGCACCGGAGUUGCCAUCGAAUGUCCUCAUUGAUGAGGAGAGUGGGUUGAUAGUUGAUAAAGAUACUGGCAGGAGGUACUCACUUAAUGCAGCAGUAGAACAGGGUCUCUUAUCGGCCGAUAUUGCUGAUGCGUUGAGGUCACCACAAGAUGAAGAUGUGGAAAUGGCUCCGCCUCUACCCCCAAAACAACGAAGACAAAGUGAAAUGGAGCGGGAUGCCAUCAGUGGUCAACUUCAGAGUAUGGAUGCGGAUAUCAAUUGGCAAACCAAGGAGAUUACUGAUGCGUCUACUGGUGAGAAACUGACUGCUGAAGAAGCUUUGAGGCGAGGUUUGAUCGACUCGCAGAUUGCUCAGCUGAUCGAAUCAACUCCACCUGCUGCUCCUCCAAGUAAGGAUAAAUGGACUCUCAAUGAACUCAUGGAUCAAGGCCUUGUGCUAGCACCUAUUGGCAGGAUUAAAGACCCAUCGACCGGGAAGCACAUGACUGUUGAAGAGGCCAUCGACCUUGGAAUCCUUGACCCCAAUAACUCUACCAUACUCAAUCCCAAGACUGGAGAAGCCAUGACACUUGCUGAUGCAAUCCAAAAAGGGGUAUUUAACCCUCACAGUGGAGCAUUCAAAGAUCCUACAACCGGAAGCUCUAUAAGCUUUGCAGAAGCAGCACUUCAUGGUUGCAUUCCAUCCGCAUCAAAGACAACACAGAAUGGUGCCCAGAAACCAACAUUGAAGGAAGCAAUUGACCAGGGAUUGGUUGAUCCAAGAAGUAAUACAUACACGGAUCCCUUUACUGGUGAAAAGAUGUCGGUUGCUGAAGCAUUACAGAAGAAUCUGCUAGCUUCACCAGGAGAUGUUGCACCAAUGACAUUAGCUGAUGCCAUACAGAGAGGGUUGUUCAACGAAGAGUCCGGAAUCUUCACAGACAAGAAGACUGGUCGUAGGAUGAAGCUGCAGCAGGCAUUAGAUGCCGGUCUAAUUGACAGCGCUUCCACUUUGUACGACACAGGAAGUGGCAAGCUCAUGACAUUACAGGAAGCCAUCGGCGCUGGCAAAAUUGACGGUAGUUCUGGUAAAUUCAUCGAUCUGAAAACUGGCAAGAAGAUGUCAAUAAAGUAUGCUGCAAAGCUUGGCCUGUUAGCAAUUGUUGGGCCACCAUCCCCAGGAGCUAUGUCUGUUACGGAGGCAACACAGACUGGCCAGAAGCGAAUCAGACGUGUGAAACCAAAGGAUAGGAAGGUACCGACUAACCUUUCUCCAGCUCUAGCAGUUGCACCAGAGAGUUCAGUCACAUAUCAACAAGGUAUCUUGGCGAAAGUCAUCGAUCCUGAGACGAUGGAAUGGACAACAAUCCACACUUAUACAACUGAAGAAGAACGCAAACCCAAGGGUAUGCCAGUAUUCGAAGCAAUCAAGCGUGGAUGGUUAGACCCAAAAACUGGAAUGUUUAAAGCGCCAAAACGUAAGAAAGCUAUUUCACUUGACUAUGCCAUCAGGGAAGGUCUUCUUGAUCCAACGUCUGCCAACUUCAUCGAGCCGAGGACAAAGUCCAAGGUAUCACUCAGUGAAGCCAUCAAGAAGGGAUUGGUUGAUCCGACUGGUGGGUGUCUUGAACCAGUUACGGGCCGCAGACUUACAAUGAAGGAGGCAAUCAGUAGAGGUUACAUCGUCGAGGCUGUGAACACAGAACCAAAUGUCAAGAAAAUUGUCGUCGAAAAGGAGAACGUCAAAUUCCAUGUCGACGCUGUUGUUGAUCCAAGGAACGGUUCCUCGUUAUCUCUGAAUGAUGCAGUCAAACAAGGUAUCAUCAACAUCUCACGCGGCCUGUAUGUAAACCCGGAUACUGGCGAGACAAUGCCCGUUGAUAUUGCUGUGGAGAACGGCUUAAUCAAAGGCCGCGUCCUUGAACGAAGGUCGUCUGUUGAGGAGUAUGUGAAAGAUGCUGAAGGUAACCUUGUCGUCGAAGCAGGUUCUAAAGUUCUCUUUGGCGUCCCUCAGGAGGAAAAGUUGACUGGCAUCAUGGACCCAAGAACUGGACAGGAGAUUUCCAUUGAUGAAGCCAUCAAGUUGAAUAUCAUUGACAAAGAUGCCAAGAUGUACGUUAAUCCUUUGACGAAAGAAGAAAUGACAAUGGAAGAGGCUGCGAAGCAAGGAUUAGUAAGGUUUGAACCUGUAAGUUCUGGUGCUCCUGCUGUUGUUGACCUGGGCAACCUGACUUGCACGGAUCCUAAGACUGGGGAAGCUGUGUCCCUUGCUGAAGCUCUGGAGAAAGGGAUUAUCAAGGCUAAAUCUGCUGUUCUGGGUGGCACCAUCGAUGGAAAACAUGGUUUGUACAUUAACCCUCAAACUGGUGCUACAAUGUCUUUGUCAGAUGCUGUGAAGAAGGGCCUGGUGUCUUUGGAAGCUGGAUCACCUGAUGCAAAAGAACCGAUCAUCAUAACUCCAGAAGGUGAUGUCUUGGACACCAAGGCAUUGAGAGUAACUCCAGUGCCCGUCAAGGAAGGUGAAAAACUAAGUGCUGCUGAUCUCCGAGAGAUUGUCGACCCAAGAACUGGGCAGUCACUCAGUCCCGCUGAAGCCAUUGCAAAAGGUAUCAUUGACUUGGAGAAGGGAAAAUAUGUCAAUCCAGUCAGCGGUCAGUCUAUGACGAUUGAAGAAGCCAUUGAUCGAAAUUACAUUGCCAAAGCAGAGGCACCAAUCAAAUCUGCUCUAGAUAUUGAGUCUGUCAAGGAUCCACGUACGGGUGAGACAUUAAGUUCAGCUGAAGCUAUCGCUAAGGGUAUUAUUGACCUUGACAAGGGUAAAUACAUUGAUCCAUCAUCUGGGAAGUCCAUCUCUCUACAAGAGGCAGCAGACAAAGGCUACAUCGAUAAAGCCCACAUCCCUGUCCCAGGUGUAGCUGAAAUCAUACACGUGAAAGAUCCCCGCACUGGCGAGAAACUCACUGCAGCAGAAGCUAUUGCCAAGGGAAUCAUUGAUAAGGACACUGGAAGAUAUAUUGACCCCACGACUGGCCAGUCAAUGUCGCUCCAAGAGGCUGUCAGUAAAGGACUUGUGGACAAGGCUAAGAUGCCCCUCACCACUGCCAUGGACAUCAAAGAUGUAAAGGAUCCACGGACAGGAAAGUCUCUCACAGCUGCUGAGGCGGUAGCACAAGGCAUUCUCGACUUUGAGAAAGGCAGCUAUAUUGAUCCGUCCACUGGCAAGUCCAUGCCAAUUGAAGAGGCUGUGCAGAGAGGCUUCAUUGAAAAGAUUGAUGAACCGGUGAAAAGCAUUACAGAUAUCAAACAUGUCAUUGAUCCGCUCACUGGUGAGGUGUUAAGUCCAACUGAAGCUGUCGCCCGUGGUAUCAUCGAUUUUGCUACUGGUAAAUAUGUUGACCCCAACUCAGGAAAGGCCGUCUCCAUGCAGGAUGCCAUUAGCAAGGGUUUGAUUGAGAGAGUUGAGGCACCACUGAGAACUAUUGCUGACAUCAGAACCGUUAAGGAUCCAAGAACCUAUGAGGCACUCACUCCAGCUGAAGCAGUUUCCAGGGGAAUCUUGAACCUUGAAACGGGAAAAUACAUUGACCCAAUAACAGGAAAGGCCAUGAGCAUUGAGGAUGCUGUCGAGAAAGGCCUUGUUGACAAAACUGAAGUCCCAGUAUGGUCGGCUGUUGACAUUGCUGGGGUCACUGAUCCAAGGACAGGAGAAUCCCUUAGCACCGCUGAAGCCAUCAAACGUGGAAUACUGGAUGUCGGCAGUGGGAAGUAUGUUGAUCCUGUCACUGGUGAGGGCAUCUCAAUCCAAGAAGCAGUAAAUAGAGGUCUAGUCCAUGAACUGGACUCAGGUAUCAAGAGCCCAGAAGACAUAAAAUCUGUCAGAGAUUUGAGAACUGGUGAGGUUCUAACUCCUCAAGAGGCCGCAGCAAGAGGCCUUAUUGACCUGAAGAAGGGAAAAUACAUAGAUCCAGUUACUCGCCACCCAAUUUCUCUGCAAGAAGCUGUGAGAAGAGGUCUGGUGGACAAAGCAGAUAAACCCAAAAGAACACUGGCUGAUCUCAAAAACAUCCGCGAUCCCAAAACUGGGCAACUUUUAACACCUGCUCAAGCUGUUGCAAAAGGACUUAUUGAUAUUAAGAAAGGAAGAUACAUUGAUCCCAUUUCAGGUCGAUCAAUUUCAUUAGAUGAAGCCAUUGCUAAGGGAUUGGUGGAGGAAGAAAAGGCACCAAUUAAGUCGGCCAUGGACAUCAAACAGGUCAAAGAUCCCAUGACUGGGGAGUACAUAAGCCCAGCUGAAGCCAUAGAGAAAGGUAUCAUUGAUUUGGAUGCUGGCAAAUACAUUGACCCACAAUCGGGACAAGCUAUAUCGAUCGAGGAAGCUGUAGAGAGGGGAUUGUUGGAGAAAGCUGACGAACCAGUGAGAGACACCAGAGACUUGAAAGAGGUCACAGACCCAAGGACAGGAGAAGUCAUUACUCCUGAAGAGGCAGUCGCUAGGGGUAUCGUUGACUUCAAGAAGGGCACUUACACUGAUCCUACAACUGGGAAGUCCAUUCCCUUGAAGGAGGCGGUCACACGAGGCCUUGUAAAGAAGGUCGACGCACCAAUCAGAACACUGUCAGAAAUCAAAGCAGUCAAGGACCCAAGAACAGGGGAGACCAUCAGUACUGAUGAAGCCAUUGCCAGGGGCAUCAUUGAUGUUGAAAGAGGCCUGUAUGUUGAUCCCAGCACUGGGCAGGCUAUGCCAAUCCAAGAUGCAGUCAACCAAGGUUUCAUUGACAAGUCGGGCACACCUAUCAAAACAGUGAAAGAGAUCCAGAAAGUUACUGAUCCACAUACUGGUGAACCGUUGAGUGCUGCUGAAGCCAUUGCAAGAGGUAUCAUCGACCUCAAGAAAGGGGAGUACAUUGACCCGAAAACUGGCCAAGCUAUAUCGUUGUCGGAAGCAGCGGACAGAGGACUCAUUGACAGGACUGGGUUACCAAGCAUGCGUGAUCUUGACCUAGCUCCUGGAGAGAAGAGCCUGAUUAUCCAUUCAGUCAACGAUCUAAGAACUGGUGAAGAGGUCCCUAUUGCUGCCUUGGCCGAGUGCUUUAAUCUUGAUCAGGGGACAUUUGUGGACCCAUCAAAUGGCAAGGAGAUCACCAUCCAAGAAGCCAUCGAUAAGGGCUUGCUGAAUGCAACUUUGGUUGCACUGUCAGAAGAUGGAAAGGUGACUGUAGAAUGUGCUACGCAAGAUAUCACUGGCUAUGAUGUCAAGUCGGUCGUUGAUUCGUCCACUGGGGAGAAGCUGCCCAUCAGGGAUGCAAUAAAGAAAGGCCUGAUAGAUCUUAGAGCUGGGAAGUACAUCGAUGCUGUGACUGGAGAACAGAUGGGGAUCGAAGAAGCCAUAACCGCUGGGAAAGUCAAAGCAAAAAAACUCAAGCACUUGCCGGGGAUGAUGGAUCAACCUGUUGAUCAUUACGUCCUUGACAUUGGUGAGUCAACUGACGAGGAAAUGGAUACUGGUCGUCCAAGCGGGCCAAUGACAGUUUCCCAGGCAAUUGCAGAGGGAUGGGUCAAUUCAGCAAAAGGAGAAUUUGUAAAUCCACAAACAGGCGAGACCAUGAGUAUUGGAGAGGCUGUCCAGCGCGGAUUGCUGCAGCCACCAUCAGAUGGUGCUAUGAGCUUCAAUGCUGCUCUGAAACGAGGGUUGAUUGAUGUUGACAAGAAGACCUAUACAGACCCUAUCAAUGGCCACGUGAUGCCAUUGCAAGAUGCUGUCAACAUGGGCAAACUGAAGCUUACUGAACCUGGUCAGCCUCUGUCAAGAGCUGAAGCUUCGGUUCUUGGUCUCCUUGAUGAAACAAAAGACACUUUUGUCAACCCAAAAACUGGCAAGAAGAUGAAAAUUGAAGAUGCCGAGAAAGCUGGCCUCCUGAAACCCAAAGAUGUCAAAGGAUUCACAUUUGAAGAGGCUCUGUCAAUGGGCUUGAUCGAUGCCAAGCAAGGGCUGUACCGGGAUCCAAAAACCAAGAAGACUAUGCCUAUUGAGGAAGCUAUCAGACAGGGAAAACUCCAAGCUGCAGAGUCAGGAAAGCCGUUAUCUGCAGAGGAAGCUCAGGCCAGAGGUCUCCUGGAUCUCACCAAGGGUACAUUUGUACAUCCCGACACCAAGCAGAAGAUGUCAAUUGAUGAUGCCAUCAUGAAAGGUCACUUAGAGGUCACUCCAGAGAAGAGGAGUCUGACCUUUGAGAGUGCACUGGCGAAAGGUUUAGUGGAUAUCCAGCAAGAUACAUUCAAAGAUCCUGUCACUGGUGAAGUAAUGCCUAUUGAAGAGGCAGUCAAGGCAGGAAAGCUUAGACUCACUCAGCCUGGGCUGGCUAUGGCCCCCGAGGAAGCAGUUGCCAGGGGUCUGCUGGACCCUAAUGCUAAUAUCUUCACAGAUCCUGUGACAAACCAAUCCAUGCCAUUAAAUGAAGCAGUCAUGAGAGGGUUCCUCAGACCUAAGCCUGCAAAGAAAGGCAUGGACUUUGAGGAAGCAUUGGAGCGAGGUCUCGUUGAUAUGGAGAAGGGUCAGUUCUUUGACAAGGCAACCGGCAAGCCUGUGUCCAUUGAGGAAGCAAUCCUGAGUGGUAAAGUUGUCUUGUCUGAGAAAGGAGAGGGUAUGUGUGUGGAAGAAGCGCAAGCAAGAGGGCUUCUUGAUAAGUCAGGCAAAGUGUUCUUUGAUCCUGUUACUGGAAAAGAGAUGCUACUGGAAGAGGCUCUGAUGAGAGGACAUCUGAAAGCUUUGGAUGAAAAUGCCAUGACACUUCAAGAGGCGAUAGAAAAAGGUCUCUAUGAUCCGAAGACAGGUGCUGUCAUGGACCCAAGCACUGGACAGACAAUGAGCUUGAACGAUGCAAUCAAAGCUGGAACCAUUGCUCUGACUGAUAUUGACAAGGCAAUGGGAACAGAGGAAGCUCAGGUCCGAGGGUUCAUUGAUCCGAAAACUGGCAAGUUCACCAACCCAGUCACUGGUGAAUCUAUGGACAUAGACGAGGCAAUCCUGAAGGGACACUUGAAACCAAAACCCGCCGAACAAGCCAUGACAUUUAGCCAAGCACUGCACAGGGGCUUGUACGAUCCAGCCACCAAUGAAUUUGUUGACCCAGCUACUGGAGACCGAAUGACGGUGGAGGAAGCAGUGAAAGCUGGGAAACUGAUCCUAUCCGAUGCUGACAAACCCAUUACCAUUACUGAAGCUAUGGCACGAGGCCUGGUUGACUCUCCUACCAAUGAAUUCACACACCCCAUUACCGGAGAAAAGAUGUCAGUUGCUGAAGCCAUUGAACGAGGUCUACUCCAGGAAGAACGCAUUGCAAAGCCUCGCCCCAUGACCAUCACUGAGGCAAGGAGAUUAGGUUACCUAGAUGAAGGUUCCCAAACCUUCGUGGACCCAAGAACUGGUCAGUCAAUGCCAGUAGACAAAGCAAUCCAGUGUGGGCUUCUACAGCCAAGUGAACAGGAGGGUUCAAUCUCAUUCAAUGUAGCCCUUAACAGGGAUCUCAUCGAUGCAGAUAACAAAACAUUCGCAGAUCCAACCACUGGCAGGCGAAUUCCAAUUAAGGAAGCACUUGCAUCUGGUAAGCUCAAACUCUCAGACCAAGGUCAGGUAUUGUCUCACGAGGAGGCUCAAGUCCUUGGUCUCUUGGAUGAAAGAAAUAAUGCAUUUGUCGAUCCGCAGACCAGUGACAAGAUGACAAUAGCUGAAGCUGAGAAGCGUGGCUUGCUGAAACCAGUUGCACAAGAGCAGCCCAUGACGAUAGAAGAAGCUGUUGCCAAGGGCAUGUUGGAUCCUGUAUUCGGUGUCUUCACCGAUCCUAAAACUGGUGAACAAAUGAACUUGUCCGAGGCGGCCGAGAUGGGACUGGUCAAGCUGACUGACAGUGGAAAAGCCAUGAUGGUUGAGGAAGCCCAAGCAAGAGGAUUGAUUGACACAGAAACUGAACAGUUCACUCAUCCAGAUACUGAGGAAGUCAUGUCACUUGAUGAAGCGCUCAUGAGAGGAUACUUGGGAGCAAAGCCGGACAAGUCAAGUCUUACAUUCGAAACUGCUCUAGAAAAUGGCCUAAUUGAUGCUGCAACUGGUGAAUUUAUUGACCCGAAAACCAAGAAGAGAAUGAAGUUGGAAGAUGCUGUGAAACUUGGUAAAGUGACACUAACCCAACCUGGUCUUGCUAUGAACCCAGAAGAAGCCAUUGCCCGUGGCUUGCUAGACUUGAGCAAGAAUCAGUACACAGAUCCAGUAACAAAUGAUUCCAUGACCUUGGAAGAUGCUGUGAUGAGAGGCUUGCUGAAACCAAAGCCAGAUGAGAACAGUCUUACCUUUGAAGAAGCUUUGACUAAGGGCUUAGUUGACCUGAAGAACCAUCAGUUUAAGGAUCCAGUCACUGGACAAGUCAUGCCUCUUGUGGAAGCUGUCUUGCAGGGCAAGCUACGCCUCACUGAACCGGGUCACACAAUGAGCAUGGAGGAAGCCGAAGCCAGGGGGUUAUUUGAUAAGGGCGGUCGCGUCUUUAUCAAUCCACACACUGGGGAGGAGAUGUUAGUCAGCGAGGCUCUCAUGGAAGGCUACCUCAAGGUAUCGUCCAAAGAUGGCAUUCCAUUUGACGAAGCUGUAGAGCGAGGGUUGUACGAUGCUGAAACCGACACUUUCACCGAUCCAAAAACGAAAAAGAAAAUGAGUCUUGAAGAUGCUAUCAGACGUGGCAAGGUAAAACUCACGGAGAACGGCAAAGGUAUGAGUGUUGAGGAAGCUGCUGUGCGUGGCUUGAUUAAUCCAGAUACCAGUGACUUCACAAAUCCUGUAACUGGUGAGAGCAUGGGCAUCGAUACUGCUAUCCUGAAAGGCCUGCUGAAGCCCAUGGGUGAAGAGGAAGGCAUACAGUUCAGUGUUGCCCUGAAGGAUGGGUUGUAUGACAUCAAGACAAAGGAGUUUGUCGAUCCAAAGACAGGGGAUCGGAUGACCUUGGAUGAAGCUGUUAGGUCAGGGAAACUACAACUUGCCGAUCUGAGCAGACCCAUGUCAGUUGAUGAAGCCAUUGCUCGCGGACUACUAAACGAAGAAACUGGUGAAUAUGUACAUCCAGUCACUGGUCAGAAAAUGUCUCAAGAUGAAGCAUUGGCGAAGGGAUACCUACGAGCGCGUCGUCCGUCAGAUCUUCCAGGGGUUACAACACAGGAAGCUACUGUUUACAAAACAGAGCCUGGCUACCACAUCAGUCCAAGUGGAAUGGUUGCGGAUGCUGCUGGUCACAAGAUACCCAUCCAAAGAGCUGUCGAGGAAGGGAUCAUCAAAGUGGAAGCCCAGAGAGAGGAGUCCAUUCCAGAACUAAGUCAACCUAGUCAACUGGCUGAGAAGGUGGUUUCUUUUGAUGACGUUGAUGUCAGUACACUACUCAUCAAAGAUGCCAAAUCCAAAGGCAUCAUGACAUUUGCUGACGCUGUUGAAAAAGGACUCAUUGACGCCAAUACAGGAAGUAUCACUGACUCAAGGUCUGGAAAGAAAAUGUCCUUCAAAGAAGGCAUGGAGAAAGGCUUAGCUAUUUUUCCAGCAACUUUGUUACCGCGGCGUCUUAGGAAACAGCGCCCACUUUCGCUGGUUGAUGCAGUCGACCUUGGAAAAUAUGACCACGAGACAGCAAAGUUCGUCGAUGAAACUACUGGAGAACAGUUCACAUUGGAGCAGGCAAUUGAGAGGGGCUACAUCGAUGCUGCAAGAACAGAAAUCAAGAGUCCUGCUACCAAGGAAUCCCUCACACUCAAAGAAGCUAUUGACAGAGGUGUCGUUGACGUUCGCACUGGGGACAUCGUCGACACUACGAGUGGAUAUCACAUGAAUGUCUCAGAUGCCAUAAAAUCAGGUGUAGUCUGCGAUUCCCUGCGCCCAACCAUUUUAGAGCUAUUAGAACAGGGUAUCCAUGAUGAAACUACUGGUCUUUUCUACGACCCCACGACCUUCAGAAAGGUUGCAUAUGGAGAAGCGGUCGAGCGGAACAUCCUUGACACCAAAUUGAUGAAAGUCAGGGACACGCACACUGGUGAGGUGCUGACAAUGGAUGAGGCAUCUGAGAGAGGAUUCAUUGACAAGAAGACUGGGCGAGUUACCAAAGCCCAAACGGGUGAGGUUGUGAGCUUUGAAGAGGCUGUGAAGGCUGGAUGGUUGACAGUUGUUGCAGCUCCUGCAGUCAUGCCAAUGUUUUUGAAACAGCUCGUGGAAGAAUGCUGGGAUCCUUAUCGCUACAAAUUUGUUGAUCCCAAAGGUGGCCGUAGGAUGACACUACUCCAGUCUAUCGAUCUUGGAGUUAUUGACCAAGACAGAGUAACAGUGAAAGAUCCCAGUUCUGGUGAACGAAUGUCCUUCAAGGAGGCUUUGUAUCAGCGUGUGGUACACCCAGUCACUGGUGUGGUAAUCGAUCACAGUACCGGAAAGGAUAUCUCAUUCAAGGAAGCGGUUGGUAUAGGAAUCAUCAUGGCCUCCCAUCAGACAUACACUGAAGGCACAGAAGCAGACUAUGAACGUAGUAUGGUCUUCCAGUCGAGGUUACAGGGUCUCAAAGCUAUAAAGAAAAUGUCAGUCGAAUCUGAUACCCAGGUGGUCGAUCCAAGAACAGGAAAGGUCAUAACCCUAACUGAUCGUGUUGAUCGCACUGUCGUCGAGUUUGAAAAGAUCCACGAUGGCACCUACUCUGAAGAUAUGGUUUUCCAAGACACGUCGAAGAAGAAGAACUACGGUUGUUUGUUUGACUGUAUGAAAGUCGGCGCAUUUAAUCCAAACACAGGAAAGUUUACCGACAUAGAAACGGGUCAGGAGAUGACUUUACAGGGGGCCAUAAACCAGGAAUUGGUUGACUUGAAUGCGAAAGAAAUUUGCGAUGAGCAAACUGGAAGAAUCUUGACUUUGAGAGAAGCUAUCCUUUUGGGUGUUGUCGAUCCAGAACUUGGUCGCAUCCAAGGUCGUAUUGUACCUGACUCGACGUUGCGUGAUGAAAAGUUUACACAACAUGUGGGAGAAACUCCACGACUGAGAGGUGACCUUUACUACAGAGAGGCUUUAACCUUGAUGGAAGCGAUUGAAAGAGGGUUGGUCAAUGCAGAGACUGGAAUGUAUAUUGAUCCCAAAGACAAGAGUGAGGUUCCUCUUGAUCAGGCUCUUGCAAAGGGGCUAGUUGAUGGAAGCAGUACAGAAAUUGUCAUGCCGGGUACAAGAGAUACUGUCACCCUGAGUGAGGCAAUCUUAAAGGGCUACUUAGAUCCAAAAACAGGAGACAUCCAGGUUUUAGGAACUGAGAAAUACAUGGAUUUGCAAGAAGCCAUCAGGCAAGGUUGUAUCAAGCAGGCGAGGCGGCCAUCUUUGAUAGAGCUUCUGGAACAAGGAGUACAUGAUCAAAGUACUGGAUUAUUCUUCGACCCUGAAACAUGCAAGAAGGUAGACUUUCUCACUGCUGUUGAAAAAGGUAUAAUCGACACAAAAACCAUGAAAAUCUUAGACAGGAAAUCGAACCAGGUUCUCAGUGUCCAGGAUGCCUGCCGUCAAGGUAUCAUUGAUUCAGAAUCUGGAUGUGUACCUGAUGAACUUAGUGGAGAACUGAUCACUUUCUCAGAAGCCGUCAAAACGGGAAUAUUAACUGUCCUUGUGGCACCGGCAAUUGCUCCAAUGUAUAUUAAGCAAUUGGUUGAGGAACAUUGGGACACGACAAGGUGGAAGUUUGUAGAUUCCCAAACUGGACGUAACAUGACCUUGCUGCAGGCAAUUGAUUUGAAUGUCAUUGAUCAGGAUCGGGUGACGGUAAAGGAUCCAAGUUCUGGUGAGCGGAUUUCCUUCCGGGAGGCCUUGGAGCAGGGAGUCGUUCAUCCCAUCACUGGAACAGUCCAGGACUUUAGCACUGGCAGAACUGUCUCUUUCAAAGAGGCAGUAGGAGUUGGCAUCAUUAUGUCUGACACUCGAGCAUAUCGCGACACAGAUACUGGUGUUGAGGUGUUGUCGGAAAAGAAGGAUGUUGGUUUGAUGGCUUUGAAGAAGAAAUAUGUCGAUUCGAGUAGCAUGAUAGUUGAUCCCAAAACUGGAGAAAUGAUAAGUCUGACUGAUACUGUCAAACAUGCCAUGUACGAAAUGACUGUGCAGACGUCACCUAGACCUGGCAGGAAACAAUUCAAACAUGCGUUCUCACUAUUUGAACUGAUCCAGUCAGGUGCGUACAACCCAGAGACAGGAAAAAUCAUUGAUCCUUUCACCGGGGAUGAAAUCACCAUCAAGGAGGCUAUUGAAAAAGGCUUGAUUGAUUCAGAAGCUCAGGAAGUAUUCUUCCCAUCACGUGGUAAAUUCAUCUCCGUUGCUGAGGCAAUUGAUCUGAAUGUUAUUGAUUCAGACACGGGUACCAUGUACUCAGAGGAUGAAGGAGACACCAUGUCACUUGUUGAUGCACUUGACAGAGGAAUCAUUGUAUCACCGUCUGAGGAGGAAGCUAAGCCGUUGAAUGGUCAUACCGCUGACAUCAAGAAGGGCCUGCGACCAGCUAGUCCAUACCGACCUCAGCUGAAGGAAAUGACUGAGGAAGAACCAAUGGAAACUGAUGAAGCCGCAACAUUUUCUUCAUCUUUGCAAAAAUUCCAAGGCGUAAAGGACAAAAAACCUGGCAAGUCAAAAUCCAUGUCAGCUGAUGACCGACCUUCAAAGAUCCAUGUCACUGAAGAGAAACUCGCCAAGUCAUUAUCAGAGGGAUCGCAGAAACCUGGGAAAGCUAGGAUUGUCAAACCAUCUGCUGAGCAACUGGCAAAGGAGGCGAAGUCUGAUACAGCUGCUGCUUCAGUUAGACCUGCCAUCCCAGGUGGGAAGAAAAUCACAUCAUCUGCAUCAGAACAGAAACCUACUGUCAAGGAGGAGAAGAUGACCAAGUCAUUGUCUGAAGGUCAAAAACCAAAGAAAGUGUGGUCACCUCCAAAGAAGGAGGAUUCGCCAUCUAUCUCACCUGAGAGAAAGAAGAUGGCAGGUGUGAAGCGUUCAAAGUCAGCUAUGGAACAAAAAGCUGAACCACAGGAAAGUAAGCUUGUGAAAUCAGUCUCUGCAGAUGCCAAAUCUGCUCCUGCACCCGCAGAAGUAAAACUACAAGCUGCAGCUGUGCAGUCAAAGAUACCGUCUAGUCCAAAGAAGCCAUGGUCAAAGGAUGCAUCUCAUGAUGAUAAGGCCAGCAAGCCUACCACCGAUGAAAAAGCCACCCCAAAGAAGCAACCAUCGCAAAAGGUUACAUCAUCUGAAAGAACAGCAGCCACUGGUGAGAAACCAAGAGAAAGUCCAUCCCCGGAAAGAGUUACAAAAGUCCCAACUAGUCCAAAGAAACCAUUGUCAAAAGCAGCCUCCACAGAUGCUAAAGGAAAAGAUGAGAAAGAAGCGGUAGUGAAAUCAAAACUGCCAACUAGUCAGCAGAAAUCCUUUUCUAAAUCCCCUUCUCCUGAAAAGCCCGCUCCUGGUUCUAAAGAAGCAGAAAUUGCAGCUCCAUCGAAAAUACCAUCUAGUCCCAGGAAAUCGUUUUCGAAAUCUCCAUCACCAGAAAAAUCUGCUACUAGUGAGAAAGAAUCAGAAACUGCUGCUCCCAAGAAAAUACCCUCCAGUCCCAAGAAACCUUGGUCCAAAGCAGCAUCUACAGAUGACAAGACAACCAAACCAGAGGAGCAACUUAGUCCAAAGAAACAGCCUUGGCAAAAGGCUGCAUCACUUGAUGUCAGGGAACCAUCUCCGGAAAAAGUGAAGCCUACUGAGUCUGGUGUUGUAGAUAAGUCUUCAAAAGGUCCUGCUAGCCCCAAGAAGGUACCAACUAGUCCAAAGAAACCUUGGUCUAAACCUGGCUCUGAGGACAAGACAGUGUCUGUUGAGGAAAAGCCUGUCAAGCCACCUCCAGUAGCAGAAAGACCGUCCAAAUUUGCCCCACCUGGUCAGAAACUGGAAAAAUCUGCAUCAGUUGAUCAGAAACCAACUCCAUUGCCUGCUGACGUAAAGUUAGUGAAGUCAUUGUCUGAAGGCCAAAAGGCGCCGGAGAAGAAAACGCUAUCACUGCCGACUGACAAGAAGUCAUCAAAAACCCCAUCACCUUCGAGCGAAAAGUCCAGCAAAUUGCCAUCUCCUGCUACUGUUAGUGGUAAAUCGAGUAAGCUACCAUCACCUGUCAGUGAGAAAUCACUGAAAAGAACAGCAUCACCAAAAGAGGAAGAAGCCGAAAAAGUCAAGGAGGCAUUGCCAGAGAAAAAGGCAGUCAAAAGGCCUGGAGUACAGUUGGUCCAGGCAAUACGCACUGGAAUGAUUGAUGUGAAGACUGGUAAAGUUUCCGAUCCGAAUUCCUCACGUCGUCUCACACUACAGGAGGCAGUGGAUGCAGGUAUUAUUGAUGCUGAAAAUGCUUUGAUACGCGACAGUGAUGAUUCCACAAUGGCGCUAGAUGAGGCAUUGGCUAUGGGCAUCGUUGAUGGAAAAACUGGUAAGCUCAAGGACCAGAAAACAGGGGAUGUCUUGAAUCUUGAUCAGGCUUUGAGGAGAGGGUUAAUUGUUGAUGAAAGGCCUCUGAAUCUGUCACUGAAGGAAGCUCUAAGUCAGGGUCUCAUUGAUCCCAGAAAUGGCAAAUUCACAGACCCGAGAACUGGUGUUGUGAUAACAAUGGAGGAAGCUCUACACAAUGGGCUUCUUGAUCCAGAAAAGACCCUCGUGAGGAAAUAUGAUGGGAAACUCAUACCACUGUUAGAUGCAAUCCAAGCUGGUGUCAUUGACAAGUACACUGGUGGCAUGGUUGAUCCAGGAUCGGGUAAGAAGAUUACGCUUGUACUAGGUAUCACAAAGAAUCUGGUUGUCGAUGCCAGGCCACCGCCCAUGACGUUAGUUGCUGCCAGGAACAAAGGUGUUUAUGAUGAAGCAAGCAGUAAGUUCAUUGAUCCCAAAUCAGGGAAGCAGUUGUCACUCCAUGAGGCCAUAAACUGUGGAAUCAUUGACACAGAGGAGACUUUAGUCAAGGACAGAAGUGGGAACUUCGUAACAUUACGUGAAGCAAUGUCGCUGGGUAUUGUGGACAGAACAACAGGGAAGGUAUUGGACGUUGCCUCUGGUCAUAUGAUACAGAUUGGGCAGGCACUGGAUUUGGGGAUCAUCUCAGAAUCUAAACCUGCUUUGACCUUGUCUGAUGUCAUCAAGGAAGGCAUGUGUGAUCCACAGGGUUUGGUCACAGACAGAGCAACUGGAAAAAAGAUGAGACUCACUGAUGCGGUUGCAGCAGGACUCAUAGAUGGCGCCAAGAGCAAAGUCAUGACCGCAUCUGGAGAACUUGUCAAUUUGGACAAGGCUUUGAAAAGUGGCGUUGUUGAUUCAAAGACUGGCAAAGUUCGAGACACAGCUACUGGUAUCCCUCUGAGUAUUACACAAGCUUUACAGAAGGGCAUUGUCCUGGACAGUAAGGAUAUCGGUAUGUCGGUUGCAGAGGCUGUUGAAAAGGGCCUUUUCAAUCAAGAGGCUGGCAAAUUUAUCGACCCCAGGAGUGGGCAGGAACUUACUCUACGCCAAGCUAUUCAGAAGGGAUACAUUGAUCCCUCAAUGCCACAGAUUCGCAGUAAAGCUGGGGACCUGAUUUCAUUGGAUGAAGCGAUGAAGAAAGGGCUGGUGAAUCCAAAGACUGGUAAAGUCAGGGACCCAGUCACUGGAAAGGAGGAUACUAUUGCUAAGUCGGUAUCGAAAGGAGUCAUGGAGUCGCCUACCAAGGGUCUAAGCAUGGCUGAAGCCCUGGAGAAACACCUGUAUGAUAAGGCAACUGGAAAAUUCAAGGAUGACAAGUCGGGUAAAGAUAUAACAUUAAAGGAAGCUGUUGAUAGUGGUUUGGUUGAUACAAAGUCUCUGACACUGAGUCUAGGCCCAAGAGGUGAGAGCCUCACCCUGGAAGAUGCUGUUGCACAAGGAAGUGUUGAAAUCCAAGGCGACUUGAUCAUUAACACAACUACUGGGAAAAGGAUGACCAUUGGAGAAGCUUUGGAUAGGGGAAUGGUCACACCAUCGCCAACGAAGGGUAUCACACUCUCGGAAGCUGUGGCGAGUGGAGUCUAUGAUGUACCAAGCGCAACAUUUGUUGAUCGGAAAAUUGGAAAACAGCUUUCCUUUGAGGAGGCUGUCAAAUCUGGUCUUGUUGAUUCGGACAAUACCCUAGUGAAAACUCCUGAUGACAAAAUUAUCACCUUGAGUGAGGCUAUCACUGCCAAAUUAGUCGACAAAACAAGUGGCCAUGUUAUCAGCCCAGAAACAUUGAAACCUGUACCAAUGCAGGUUGCUGUUGAACAUGGUUUGGUCGUAAGCUCGCACAAACCCAACUUGUCUUUAAAAGAAGCUGAACGACAGAAACUGUUUGAUAAGAGGACCAACACUGUGAUUCAUCCUGUUACUAAACAACACAUGACACUGCAGCAAGCUGUAGAAACGAAACUGAUUUGUCCAAACAAGACACUAGUCAAGAACCAGAAGGGAGAGUGGAUUACGUUAGAGGAGGCAUUGGAACAAGGGAUAGUUGAUGGCUUUAAUGGAAAGGUUGUUAUCGACACCAGAACAGGCUCAACAAUAACACUGACUGAGGCACUGAAACGAGAUUUCAUUGAUGAACGCAAGCGGCGCUGCAUUACUCUAGCAGAUGCCAUCACUGAGGGCAUGUAUGAUGUGAACACUGGGCACUUCACAGACCCUGAGACAGGCAAACAUUUUACUUUAGAGGAGGCCAUCGGAGCGGGCCUGAUCGACCCAGAGAUUUCCCAAAUACAUAGCCCCAUGGGAGACCUAUCGUUAGCAGAUGCCAUUCAGUCUGGCCAAGUUGAUGCGCAAAAUGGAAUGAUGGUGGAUACAUCCAGUGGACAGAUGGUAACAUUAGCAGAGGGUAUGUCUCUGGGUCUCAUUGCUUCAGUGUCACGUCGCAUGUCUCUAGUUGAUGCGGUUGAAUCAGAUAUUUACAACCAACAAUCCGGAACAUUCCAAGAUCCAGCAACAGGCAAGCAUUUGAGCUUCAGACAGGCAAUUUCAAGUGGAUUGAUAGAAACAGAUGAUUCAAAGGUCAAGACAGCAUCUGGGGUCGUCUCUCUGAAUGAAGCAUUGGAGGCUGGCUUAGUUGACAGUCGGACUGGGGAAAUGAUCGACCCCUCUACAGGCAGAGCCAUUGACAUCAAGGAGAGUAUAGAGUUGGGAUUAGUAGUCACUGAAACCAGGUCCAUGUCAUUACAGGAAGCAUUAGACUGUGGCCUUUUUGAUGAAAGCUCAAACAAAUUUACUGAUCCAAAGUCUGGGAGGAGGUUCUCACUGGAGGAGGCUAUUAAUAAAGGACUUAUCGAUGGCAAGUCAACGCGUAUCCAUUCUCCUGCAGGCGAAAUGGCAACACUCGAGGAUGCUGUGAGGAUGGGUGUCAUUGAUGGUGAGACUGGUGACGUACAAGAUCUUGGUAGCGGAAUGGCCGUCACAAUUAAACAGGCCGUGCAAGAUGGACUGGUUGUCAGUGACUCUAAACCUAUGACACUAGAAGAAGUAAUGGAUAGAGGCCUCUACGAUGAGGACACUGGCGAUGUCUAUGAUGAGCUAAGUGGUGAGACUUUGUCGUUAGCGGAUGCGAUUAAGAAUGGUCUCAUCGCUGGAGAGGUCAGUAUCAUCAGUACUGUAGAGACAACAGAUACGGUGUCAUUGAAAGUAUCAUUUGAUGCAGAGACUGGAACAAUAACUGAUAAUGCAACGGGCACCAUCAUCUCGAUGGAAGAAGCCAUGGAGAGGGGCAUUACAUCGCAUGAGCAGUCCAUGAUGACUCUCAACGAUGCUGUGGAAAAAGAACUCUACUCAGCAGAAACAAACACCUUCAUAGAUCCAAAGACUGGACAGCAUAUGACGUUACAACAAGCAGUCAUGGUCGGUCUUAUUGAUGCUGAUCACUCGAAAGUUGAUAGUCCCUCAGGGAAUGUGUCACUAGCUGAAGCCAUUCAGUCGGGGCAGGUCGACGCCAGGACUGGCCAGGUUCUAGAUCCAUCAUCGGGCCAGAUGUUGGAUAUCCAUGAGGCAGUGGAUAGAGGAAUGAUAAGUGAUAAAGCUCAGCCAAUGACACUAGGAGAUGCGAUAACCGGCGAUCUUUACAAUGCUGAAUCCGGAAUGUUGAUGGAUCCAUCCACUGGCCGGCAGAUGACCUUGCACCAAGCUAUAGCAAGUGGACUCAUUGAUCCCAAAUCAUCAAAGAUCAUGAGCGCAACCGGAAAAAUCUCACUAGCAGAAGCAAUCAGGACUGGUCAAGUUGAUGCUCGCACAGGACGAGUUGUUGAUCCAGAGUCAGGCCAAAUGACAGAUUUCGAAACUGCCCUACAUAAAGGCCUGGUCAUCAGUGAUGAAAAACCUGGACUGACCCUCCAAGAGGUCAUUGAGGAAGGAGGAUAUGAUAAUGACAGGGGUAUCUUAGUGGUUUCAACCACUCACCAAGAAAUGACCUUGGAAGAGGCUAUUGAAAAUGGAGUCAUUGAUGCCAAGCGAUCCCAAGUUGCCACCUCGGAUGGAGAUCAUGUCACACUUGAGAAUGCUGUUGCCUCUGGUGUUGUUAACAUCACAACUGGUGAACUGAUUGACACAACUACUGGCCAGUCUAUAAGGAUCGAGGAGGCAGUCUUCAAAGGAUUGAUAGUCAGUUCAGAACAGCCAAAGAUGACUAUUGAUCAAGCAGUCAAGAAAGGGUUAUACAACUGUGAAACUGGUUUGAUUCAGGACACAAGUUCUGAUGAGAGUUAUACCCUUGAGGAGGCAAUAAAACAAGGCUUGAUUGAUGACCAAGCAAGUCGGGUGAAAACUCCAACGGGUGAUACUGUCUCUCUUGAAGAUGCUAUGAGCACCGGGCUCGUUGAUGGCCAAAGAGGGAUCCUAACUAAAACUCCUAGUGGCGAGGCAGUGUCUUUUGAGGAUGCUCUCAGCAAGGGACUCUUCUUCUCCAUGAAGGAAGCGGAAAUGACCCUCUCCGAGGCCCUGGACCGUGGACUGUAUGACAAGGAAACAGGAACUAUCAUUGAACCAGUCACAGGACAACACAUGACACUCCAACAAGCUAUAGAUGCUGGUCUAAUUGAUGCAGAAUCAGUCCAUGUUGAGAGCCCCUCGGGCUCUGUCUCACUGCAGGAGGCAAUGGAGGUUGGUCAAGUUGAUAGAAAAAGUGGAAGCAUGCUUGACCCUGCAACUGGCCAUGUUGUCACCCUGGAUCUUGCUGUGGAAAGGGGGCUUGUUGUUGAAGGAAAACGCCCCAUGCUCUCACUAAAUGAGGCCAUCAGCCAAGGACUCUACGAUAGUACAUCAGGGAAAAUAAAGGACCCCAACACUGGAAAAGAACUCACAGUUGAUGAAGCGAUUUCUGUAGGUCUCUUAGAUGGUAAGAAAUCACGCCUCUCAACUCCAGAAGGUGAAAAGACACUAAAAGAAGCCAUAGACGCAGGCAUGGUUGAUGGCAAAACUGGAGAACUAGUAGACACAGAUCAAAAGAAACUCUCCUUUGAUGCUGCAUUAGAACAAGGGCUACUAGUCUCGGAUGAUAAAUCUGCCAUGUCCCUUACUGAUGCAGUCAGUAGAGGUCUAUUCGAUAACAAGUCUAAUACAUUUGUGGAACCAUCAACUGGCAAGCAUCUGACUCUCACAGAAGCCAUUGAGACUGGUAUGAUAGAUGGGCAGGAAUCACGACUGAGAGACAGCGAUGGCAAUAUGAUAACACUGAAUGAUGCACUGGCCACGGGAAUGGUGGACAGCCUCUCAGGGCAGGUGGUGGAUCCAUUUACUGGGAAAACCGUUACAAUCACGCAGGCUGUCGCAAAGGACAUUUUAGUGGAUGCCCAUCAGCCUGGGUUGACUCUCCAGGAGGCAAUUAAUAAGGGACUCUAUGAUCCCCAGUCUAACUCAUUGACUGAUCCUUCAACAGGGACAGAACUAAGCCUUGAUCAAGCAGUUGGAAUGGGUCUCAUAGAUGGGAAAUCCUCUGUGGUUAGUAACAGCGAAGGCAAAAUGAUACCACUGGAUGAGGCUAUCCAAACUGGCCUUGUUAAUCUGAAAUCUGGUCAAAUCUUUGAUGUGGAAACAGGAACUGCAAAGGCUAUUGGUCAAGCUUUACAGACUGGAGUAUUGGUAGACAGCAAAGCUGGUAUGACUCUCAGUGAUGCCAUCCACAAAGGCAUCUAUGACCCCGAGACCGGGACACUCACAAGCCCCGUCUCUGGUCGCUCCGUGUCACUACUGGAGGCAAUUGAGAGUGGACUCAUAGAUGGGAGAUCAUCAAAGAUCAAGGAUGGUGAUGGCAAACCUGUCACGCUAACUAAAGCCUUAGACGAUGGUAUCAUUGAUCAGGCUGGCCAGAUUAUAGACCAGGAGUCCGGAACUGCAAUAACACUGGACCAAGCGAUCAGAAAAGAACUCAUUGUCAUUUCUGAGAAACCAGCCAUGACCUUGAGCGAAGCAGUGGACAAAGGCCUGUUUGAUGCUGCAAAGGGAACUUUCAUCAAUCCAAGUACUGGCCAACAGAUGUCGCUAGAAGAUGCCAUCAAAGCAGGUGUCAUUGAUGCAAAGAAAUCUGUCAUCAGAACUCAUGAUCAGGACAUGUCACUCACAGAUGCCCUGCAUGCUGGAGCAGUUGACGGCACUACCGGACGGAUUGUUGACCCCAGCACAGGGGAUAUGAUUUCUCUCGUUGAAGCAGUGAGAUCUGACUUGGUGGUUGAUGUAAGCAUGCCUAAAAUGUCACUGAAGAGAGCUGUGGAGGAGGGUCUGUACAAUCCUAAGACAAGAACAUUCCAGAACCCUAAAACUGGAGAGCAACUUACCCUUGAAGAGGCUAUCCUUGUCGGGCUCCUAGAUCCGAGUGAGUCUUUUAUCAAAAUGGACCGGGAAGGAGACCUUCUUGCACUCAAAGAUGCUAUGAAGGAUGGCCUUGUUGACCCUAGCACCAACAGAGUUAUGGAUCCACAGACCAAGCAGAUGAUGUCACUCGAAGAGGCAGUAAAGGCAGGUAUUAUCUGUGAUGAAAAGGCACCAACGUUAACUGAAGCCUUGAGCAGGGGAAUGUACGACUCUAUGACAAACACACUCAGAGAUCCCGAGUCAGGGCGCCAAAUGUCCCUUGAGGAGGCAGUUGAUGAAAACAUCAUUGACGGAGAGGACUCGAAGGUAAAAGAUCAGGAUGGGAAUCUCAUACCGUUAUCUGAAGGUAUUAGGACUGGAAUUGUUGAUGGCAAGAAAGGUACAGUUGUCAACCUUGCUACUGGCAAGAAAUUUUCAAUUGGGCAAGCAGUUGCAGGCGAGUUGGUUAUUGAGGUGAGGAAGCCAGAAAUGACUCUGCAGGAAGCUAUAGAGACUGGUUGCUUUGAUCCAAACACAGGACAACUCACAGACCCUCAGACUGGGGAUACUCUGUCACUACAGGAAGCACUAGAUACUGGUCUAAUCAGUGCCAAUGAUUCCAUCGUUAAGGAUGAGUCGGGUAACUGUGUGCCCUUGGAUGAGGCAAUAAGGACCGGAGUGCUGAAUACACUUACUGGAGAAGUCUUAGAUCCUACUACAGGAAGUAUGGUGUCUCUUGAACAGGCGUUGAAACAGGAUAUACUAGUAGACAGUAAACAGCCACCAAGGACUGUCGCAGAUGCAGUCAAAGAAGGGCUCUCUGAUGCUGAAACUGGAACCUUCACCCAUCCACUGACUGAAGCACAAAUGACAUUGGAAGAAGCUAUAAAAUCUGGCUUCAUUGAUGACAAGGCAUCCGUUGUUAAAGGAGAGAAUGGAAAAGAAAUCACACUAGCGGAAGCAGUAGCUAGUGGCAGGGUUGAUUCGAAAUCUGGCCUUGUCACAGAUCCCAAAUCUGGCCGUGGCGUUUCAUUUGAGGAGGCGGUAAAAACUGAUCUUAUCACAGAUAUGAAGGUUUCAGGCUUAACAUUAGCUGAUGCUGUCAACAGGGGGCUUUAUGACGCAGUCAAUAACAAAAUCAUUGAUCCCAAGACAGGCCAGCUUCUUACGCUUGAAGAGGCAAUCUCUACGAGUGUCAUUGAUACAGAGAAGUCAAAGUUGUUGGAUAAGGACGGCCAUCCUAUCACUCUCAAGGAGGGAAUAAAUUCAGGUCUCAUCGAUCCACAGUCGGGCUGCAUCAUUGAUGCUUCUAAUAGCACCACCAUGUCAAUAGGUCAAGCAGUUGCCAAAAAUAUCAUAGUCAAUGCCGGCAUGACCCUUAAAGAUGCGGUCGCACAAGGUCUCUUUGAUGGGGAAACUCACACGUUCCAGGACCCAAAAACAGGAAGGCAUAUGUCUCUCCAGCAAGCCAUUGACAGUGGCCUGAUUGAUGGGGAUAAACCGCUUAUAAAGGACCACAAGGGAGAACCACUGAAACUACAGGAGGCAAUUGAUAAGGGCCUUGUUGACAAAACAAGUGGAGAAAUCAUUGAUACAUUCACUGGCAAGACCAUGAGCUUACAAGUUGCUAUCACUGAGGAUGUUAUUGUUACUGAUGACAAACCAUCUUUGUCUCUGGCGGACGCUAUUGAGGAAGGGUUGUUUGAUGAAAGAACCAACACUUUCAUUGACCCAGUUACUAAUCAACAUAUAACACUACAACAAGCGAUCAACUGCGGUUUGAUAGAUGCGGAACAUUCCACGAUCAAAGACCACAACGGAGAGGAAAUAUCACUACAGGAGGCAAUAGAUUCUGGCCUCGUCGACAAACAAACAGGAAAAGUCCUGGACUCAGAAACAGGAAGGGAAGUCAGGUUAGAUGAAGCCGUCAGGCGAGAUCUAGGAACAAUUUCAGAAAAGCCAGGUGUCACUUUGACGGAAGCCUUACAACAUGGCUACUUUGAUCCAAAGACUGAGAAAUUCACAGAUCCACACUCAGGAAAACAAAUGACCUUACAGGAGGCAAUUGAUGAAGGCUUAAUCGAUGGUGAAAAUUCCAUGGUCAAAGGACAGUAUGGUCAACUUGUUAGCCUCGAGGAAGGAAUCAAAUCCAAGCUGAUUGAUGGGAAGACCGGUCAAGCUAUUGACCCAGCCUCUGGUCAAGCUGUCAAACUCCAAGAAGCUCUCGGAAGGAACUUGAUUGUUGAAAGUACGAAACCCAUGACACUCUUUGAUGCUAUCAGUGGGGAUGUGUAUGAUGCUGAAACAGGAAAGUUCAUUGAUCCAAACACUGGAGAGGAAAACUCUUUACAGGCAGCCAUUGAAAGAGGCUUGAUUGAUGGUGAAAAAUCAGUUAUCAGAGACGCUAGUGGGGCGUACGUCCCCCUGUCUGAGGCAAUCAAGUCUGGCAUAGUUGAUCCCCAGACUGGAAACAUCAAGGACUCGUCUACUGGAGCAGUGGUGUCACUAGAGGAAGCAGUAAAUGAAGGACUCAUUGCAGAUCAGAAACACCCAGAGUUGUCGCUGAACGAAGCAAUUGAGAAAGGGCUCUACAACCCAAGAACUGGCCUGAUCACUGAUCCAAACUCCGGGCGGAAAAUGACACUGGAGGAGGCCAUUGCGCAAGGAAUUAUCAAUGGCAAGCAGAGCUUAAUCAAGGAUGGCGCUGGGCAGUAUGUUGACCUUGAGACAGGGAUCAAGGCUGGAUUAGUUGAUGGAAAGACUGGAAAACUCAUUGAUCCAGCUUCUGGUCGACCGGUUGCCUUGGAUGUGGCUGUAGAUUCAGGAAGGAUUAUUGACAUGUCGCCAGACUCUGCAAUGGAAUGGCAAGAAAGUGCUGAGGGUAGGGAGCCUGUGACAUUUAAGCAGGAUGUUGCAAAAUCGAUGAAAACUGUUGCUAAACCUCGAGAAAGACAGGUUCCUACUGUAAAACAAGAGGAGAAGGAGAAAACUAAAAGCAAGAUAGGAGAAAAGGCACUCAAAGCAGCAAAGAUCGCUGGCAUAGGUUUGGCUGGAACAAUCGCCCUGCCUGCUUUAGCUGCUGUAGGUAUUGCUGCUGCUGUAAAGAAGGGAAUCAUUGACAGAAAAUCUGGUGGCGUCAAGGAUGUUAAGACCGGAGAGAUACAGACCUUCAAGGAUGCUGUGGAAACUGGCACGAUAGACACAAAGGGGACCUUGAUCAAGGACACAGAGAGGGACAUAUAUGUCUCUGUUGAGGAGGCCCUCAGCUCUGGCAUCGUCGACCCGACAACAGGCCACAUUGCUGAUGUCGAGUUGGGAAAAGAUGUUUCUCUAACUGAAGCACUUGGACGAGGUCUUGUAAUUGAAAGCAAUCAGCCUGAACGAGAUGAUGUUGACUUGGGAGAUGUUAAAAUGGUUGUUGAAGGUGCGGAGGAGGAGUCGGAACCCAGCGAAGGAUCAUCAUCAGAUCGUGAAAGGGAUCUAGCAACAAAGAUGGACACAAUCAAGACCCUGACGCUAUCAAAGGGUCCAAUCUCAGGGUCAAGAUCACCAGAUACCUCAGCCGAGAUCAGUCCUUUAACAAGCCCGUUGAAGAGUGCCGAGGACAAGUACGAGCGACCAGACACCAAACCUGAGCUUGAAGAGAUGUCAUCAGAUGUAUCACCAGAAAGCCUUAGUCCACUCAGACCAGUGAGUUUAGCCGAUGCUGUGAAGUUGAAGCUGUUUGAUCCCACCACUGGGCAGUUUUCCGAUCCUAACACUGGUGAGUCGAUGAACCUGAAGGAAGCUAUUGAUAAGGGACUGGUAAAUGCUGAUGGUGUCAUGGUGAAGGAUGGUGAAAGUGAAAGCUACAUGCCACUCAAGGAUGCCAUGGAUUGUGGACUAAUCGACACAAACCAGUUCGAUGUCUGGGAUGCCAGUAAAGGAGAUUUCAUAUCACUACCUGAGGCCUUCGACACUGGCAUUGUCACUGACUUCAGCAAGCCUAUCCAAAAGUUACCUGAGUCAAUCUUGGUAGCCAAACCACCAACGUUGGUGGAUAUUGUCAAGAACGGACUUUUUGAUUCAGAUUCAAGCACCAUUGCAGACUCAUCAAAUGGUGAACAGAAAACGCUCAAGGAUGCUAUAGAUCAUGGUGUCAUUGAUGCUGAUAACACAUUUGUCCGAGACGGACAAUCUGGUGAUUUGAUGCCGCUGAAUGAAGCAAUAGAAGCUAGAAUAUUCAAUGCACAAACAUGCACUGUUGUGGACACAUCUACUGGAAGGAGAAUGUCUCUUCAUGAUGCAAUUGAAAAUGACUUAGUUGUUGCCCUGUCUAAACCAGACAUGACUCUGGAUGAGGCCAUACAGUAUGGUUUAUACGAUCGAGUGACAGGACAGUUCACCGACCCUCGGACUGGAACUCAACGAACGCUGAAAGAAGCGAUUGAAUGUGGGCUUAUCGAUGCAGUUAGGAGCAGAAUCCGGGAUCCGGAGACUGGAAAGAUGAUCUCCCUUGAAGAAGCAAUCAAUGCAGGUUUUGUCAAUUUGGAGAAGGGAAUGGUAGUGGAUUUCUCAACUGGAAAGUCUAUGCCAUUGUCUGAAGCUCUGGGAGACAAGAGACCCAGAAAACCACCCACAGUUCAUGGACUCAGUCUGGUACAAGCUGUCGAGAGGGGCGUGUUUGAUCCUGAUACCACUCAUUUUGUUGACCAAAAAACUGGUGAGAAGUAUGAGCUACUUGGUGCUAUUGAGUGUGGCCUUAUCGACCCAGGUAAACACGAUGUUGUGGACACACAGACUGGUGACCUCCUUACGUUAUUUGAUGCUAUCGAUGCCAAUGUCGUCGAUCCAGUCUCGGCAUGUUUUGUUGACACUCAAACGGACGAAGUUCUGUCUCUCAUAGAAGCCAUUGACAGAGGCUUACUGACAGAGGCGGCAUCCAGAGAUGACAGGCCUGCAUAUAUGUCGACCCUGAGCACGAUUGAGGAGGGAGAGGAGGAGCCCAAUGGCCAAAAGGGCGAGAAACCAAAAUCAGUUGAAUUGGACACCGAACGGACAUUAGUCAAGGACCCAACUACAGGCAACUUGAUCACUCUAGAGGAAGCAGCAAAGACAGGUAUAAUUGAUUUGGCAAGGAAUACAUUUGCAGAUCCUAGCACAGGAAAGGAGGUUCCACUACAGGUUGCACUGCAACGAGGUCUUGUUGUCGAUGCAUCUAAACCAAUGGGCCUGGUGGAGGCCGUCAGGAGUGGCAUUGUAAAUCCUGAGACAGGGAAGGCAGUAGACCCACAAACUGGCAAAGAAAUUAACUUGGAUGAGGCCAUGAAAUCUGGCUUGGUCAAUUUGGAUAAACUACUUGUGCAAGAUAAGACUGGUUCAUGUCUGCUACCCUAUGCAGAGGCUAACAAACAGGGCCUAAAUGUCUUUGACGGGAACCAAGUCACGGACUCAACAACUGAAGACAGAUUGAAGCUAAAACUUGCACUGGAGAAGAAUGUAUUGGUUGAUGUUUCCAAUCGAUCACCUGUAGCAUUCUUUGAUGCCUUAGAAAAUGGCAUGCUGGACCUUACCACAGGAGUCCUGAUAGAUCCUAAAUCACACAAGAAGAUAGCUUUACAGGAUGCCUUCAGUCUUGGCUUGAUUGAUACCUCGAAUACUGUUGUCAAAGACUCAAAUACCGGGACUCUCAUUCCUCUUGAUGAUGCCAUAUCCAGUGGUUUAAUGGACCUCGGCAGUGGCAUCAUUAAGGACCCAGCGUCAGAGAGCUCCAUGGUAUUCAGUGAUGCUGUCAGCCGUGGGUUGAUCUUCGAUCAGUCUAAACCCAAGAUGAGCAUCCAGGAAGCUAUUGCAAAGGGCGUGUAUGAUGUCAACACAGGUCUAGUCAAAGACCCAACUACAGGGAAGCAGAUGCCACUGUUAUAUGCCAUUAACAAAGGCUUGGUUGACAAGGAUUCUUCUAUAAUCAAAGACCCAGAGACUGACACAUCUGUCUCUAUCGAGGAGGCAAUAAAGAAUGGCACAAUUGACCCACGGUCUGGUGUUGUCACUGAACCAAGGACAGGCAAAAGAAUGUCAUUGACGGAUGCCAUGAUCGAAGGUUUAGUUGACUCUGGUCAAGACGAGCCAAAAGUCAAGAUCACCAAACCAUUGACUUUGGGUGAAAUGAUCUCUAAAGGUCUCUACAACAAGGAAAGUGGGUCUGUGACAGAUCCUGACACUGGAGACAAAAUGACAUUGUCCGAGGCAGUCAAGGCCGGCAUCAUAGAUGCUGACAACAGCACAGUUAAGAAUCCUAUGUCUGGUGAAAUUAUGAGUUUGAAGCAGGCAACAGAGGCUGGAAUUAUAGAUAUGGCCAGUGGAAUGUUCAACCAAGAAGGUGAAACAAUGACACUUGAUCAAGCAUUCUCUCUUGGUUUGAUAGUUGGUUGGACUGCACAUGAACUUAGCCCCAAGAAGAUCAAGUUUGAAGAGAAACUAAUGUACACAGCAGCCAUUGAGGAUAUGAAACCAGAAAAAUCUGAAAUCAAAAUCCAGCAAGAACAAGCAACCGCUACCAAUGUUACGAAAAAAGAAAAGUCUCCAGAUGAAAAGGAGAAACCUAAAGAAACCCCCAAGAGAAAAGCAUCAAGGAAACUCUCUCGUGGGUCAGUCAGUCUGGCCAAAGCUAUAGCAUCAGGUCUCAUUGACCCAGACACUGGAAAGUUCAGAGAUACUACUACAGGAGAUAUGAUUACAGUUGCGGAAGCUAUUGACCGUGGCCUACUCCUGUGCAGUGUACCUGAUAUCAUGGACCCGUUCACUGGGGAGUUGAUCACGCUACAACAAGCAGUAGAGGAAGGAGUCAUAGAUGGUCAAAAGGGCAGGUAUGUCAACCCUGCUACCAAAGAGUCUAUGGAUUUGUAUGAUGCUUUAUCUGUUGGUUGGAUCCAAGCUCCACCAUCAAGAGCAGACAUGGUUUCACCGGCUACCUUAGAAGGAGACAUGACACCAGAGAGGAAGGUCUCCCCUGGUGGUGAUCGGUGGACUUCUCCAGGCAGAGAACGACGGGUUUCACCUGGCGGAGAACGGCGAGUCAGUGCCACAACACCAACUGAAGAUAUGCCGGAUAUCAUCAAACGAAAGCGCAAAGAUUUUGAUUAUGGAAUGACAUUGUUCGAAUCACUUGAAGUGGGUUUGUACAACUCCUCUACGGGACACUUCACUGACCCGAGCAACAGUUUAUAUGCUACCCUGCAAGAGGCAUGUGACUGUGGCCUCAUUAGCAGUCUGAGGAGUGCAGUCCUUGAUCCCUCAACCAAAGAGGAAGUCAACCUAGGAGAAGCUAUUUCAAAAGAGCUUAUUGACCCAGAUGCUGGUAUGUUUAUGCACCCUGUGACUGGGCAGCGCAUGAGCCUAGAUCAGGCUCUCAAACUGGGUUUCAUUCUGCCUCCACAGAAGAGGACGGAACUGCCAGAAAUGACAAUUGAUGAUGCCAUUGCUAAAGGUUUGAUUGAUUCCACGAGUGGAUUGUUCACUGAUUUCCUCACUGGGAAGACCUAUACGCUUGAGGAAGCUGUGGCACAGGGACUCAUCAAUGGUGACAAACCUCAGAUCACUGAUCCUGAAACAGGCAAACUAAUCACAUUGAAUCAAGCAUUGGAAAAUGGACUAGUUGAUAAACAAACAGGCAAAAUGAAAGAUCCAAGAACUGGUGAAGAGGUGAGCCUCCAAGAAGCAAAGGCAAAGGGUCUGAUUACUCCUGAGCACCAAAAGCCAAAACUAUCCUGGAAGGUCGACACUGCCAAGGCAGGUCAUGUACCAUACAAACCUGGGGAAGGGAUGAAAACAACUUUUGAAGAGGGAGAAAUCCCUGGUGAGGAAUGGUCAGUCAAGCCCAGUUUCAAGAUUGGCCUUGACCUCAGAAAGAAGUCACGUGAUGACGGUGAAAUGUCUCUUGCUGUACCACAGAGGAAGAUUCCUGUUGAGCCAACUGAAUCUUUAUCAGAGCUCCCAAUGCAAGGAGACACAUCAUCUGGCGUGCCUACUGUGCUUGCCGCUGGCCAGGUCUUUGAUGAAUCUGGUGUAAGUCAGCCAUUAGAAACAGGCGCUACUGUUGGAAAAGCAAUGUCACCAUCUGAAGUUCCAGCCACCGAAGAAAGAAUGGCUGAGGAGGUUCCCACUGCGGUGCCACCUAGGGCCGUAACUCCAUCUGAUGUCACGCUGUUAGAUGACUCUGGAAUAUCUAUGGAUUCUAUGCCUGCUGACCAGAGAGCUAUGUCGAUGGAACCAUCAGAAAGAAUGGUACAGCCAACUAAGCCAGUUGAGUUGCCUCCUGGUCAGGUGUUUGGAGCAACCGCUGAUGCUAAAAAACCAAUAAUAGCAGAGUCAGUGGAAGGAAAAGCUAUGUCACCUUCUGAAACUGCACCAGGUGUUGCUGCAUCAAAGCAUGUUGAACCUUCAGCACGUGAUCAGAAGGUUCUUUCAGAGGAAGAACAGGCGAAAGCAAAGUCAGUUGCUCCUUAUGAGGCAACUAGGGAAGAAACGGCAAUGGAUGUAGAGCCAGCUGAUUUUCCUUCUGGACAGGUGUUUGGUGAACCAGUCGAUGCAAGUUCACCACUGAAGGCAUAUUCGACUACAGGCAAGCCACUUUCUCCUGACAGUGUCACAUUUGAGGUAGACAAGGCUGCUCACAUCAAAGAAGCCUUGACAUUUGAGGAUGAAUUCACUGCACCAGAACAGUCAAAGGAGAGAAUAGCCCCAUCAGACACUAGACCUGCGGAUCUUCCUGUUGGCCAAAUCUUUGAUGAAUCUACUGAUGUAAAGAAGCCACUUGACACAAAAACCACCGUAGGAAAGGCCAUGUCACCUAAAAAAGGUUCCAAAGAAGAUGCUGCACCUCUGUCAGAUGCCCCGAAACCAGCAAUCGACACCAAACAUCCAGAAGAGGCUGAGAUGUUGACGGAGAGGACUACGCCAGAAACUAGGCCAACAGAACUUCCAGCAGGUCAGGUGUUUGGUGAGGCUGUUGAUGCCAAUAAACCUGUAAAGGCAGAUGUCACAAGAGGAAAAGCCAUGUCACCUACUACGACUGAUGUGCUGACCCAGAAAGAACCAAGCCCAACUGAGCCCAGUGUAACACAAGGUAGUGCUCAUGAUGAUGUUCAGAGACAGCCCUCUUUUGAUGAAGGCUCUGCAAUGGAAUUAGCAGCAGCAGCAGCUGAGAGAUCACCUUCAGAUGCUAUUGAUCUACCAAGUGGCAAGACAUUUGAAGAGUCAGAUGUCCAGCAGCCACUGAGGGCUGACAGUAUGCUUGGAACGGCAUUAUCACCUUCUGAGGGAAUAGUAGGAGAUAUGGCACAGCCAACUGUACAGAAAACAACUGCACCUAGUGUCGAUGAAACUUUACCUUGGAAACCUGCUGACUCUGUUUUAGCUGAUCUCCCAGCAGGCCAUGUAUUUGGGGAAGCUGAAGUCAACAAACCCCUCUCAACUGAAGCAGUAACAGGUGAAGCCAUGUCACCAACGAGGUCCUUACCCGCACAAACAACAGUUCGGCAAGAAACACCUCCUAUGGGCCAGGUCUCCAGAGAACCAUUUGAUGCAAACAAGGUUGCUGAAGCACAGAUGAUUGCUGGCAAAGUUUUGCCAUCUGAGGCAGCACCGGCAACAAGUCGGGGGAUGCAGUCACAAGCUACUGUUGAAAAUGUAGCCAUGACACCAAGGCCAUUUGACCUUCCUGCGGGACAGGUCUUUAGCGAACAAACUGAUAACAGUAAGGGUCUCGAGGCUGAGGCUUCACUUGGAAAAGCUAUGUCUCCAGCAUCGGGUGAGGCAGCUGGCCCACAUGACCAUGCCCAUCCUGGAGAUGCCCCAGCUACCGAGAAAGUUGAAAGAGUGGAAGAACUCUCAGCAGAAAUGGAGGAUGGUGAAGCACUGGCGAAAGCUCUCAGAGAGACAGCUGGGCCCCAUGACACCAGCAGUGCUGGAGGUGUCCCAGCAACCCACAAAGCCAAAAAGUCUGGAGAUAUCUCUGCCACAGAUGAGGAAGGUGAAGCACUUGCAAGAGCACUAAGAGAGGCUGCUGGACCCCAAGGUACUACUUUAGCUAGUGGAGUUCCAACAGCCCAGGUAAUCAGAGCUCCGGGAGAAUUAUCAGCAGAACUGGUUGAUGGCAAACCAGUUGUCCCUGGUGAAGCUAGAACAGCUGAUCUUCCAGUCGAGCAAGUCUUCAGUGUGAUUGGAGAUGUCACUCAACCGUUGCAAACUGACGCUGAACUCGGAAAGGCCAUGUCACCAACACAAGCAAUACCUCAAGAAGAGAGGGAGCGGGGCAUACCAGAGGAAGGUGUGAUGCCUUCUGACAGGAGAAAACCAAGUAUUCCUGGAGCUGAGCUAGCUGAUCUACCUGCCGGGCAAUUCUUCAGUGAGGCUGGGGAUGUAACAAAGCCACUACAAACCGAAGCUGCACUUGGAAAAGCCAUGUCUCCAACCCAUGCAGAUUUAGCCACAACACCGGAACAAGAGAAACCUAGUGACCCUGAGGUGAGAUCGGCUGAUCUACCAGCUGGACAUGAGUUCAGUGUGACAGCAGAUGCUAGCAGACCUCUGCAGGCCGAUGCGGCUCUCGGAAAGGCAAUGACUCCCACAAAAGCCAGCAAAGUUGCCCCUGUUGAAACUACCCCCGGUGCCAGACCUGCCGAUCUACCAAUUGGUCAGGUUUUCAGUGAGGCCAAGGAUGUCAGCAAGCCACUCCAAACUGAUUCAAAACUUGGCAAAGCUGUGUCUCCAACUAAAAUUGGAAAACCUAUGUCUCCAACUAAAACAGGAAAAGCUAUGUCCCCGACCAAAGGUGAAAAAGCCAUGUCUCCAGCUAAAACUAGAAAAGCUGAAUCUCCAACAAAGGCAAGCAAAGUUGCACCGGGUGAAACUGCCACCCCUUCGGAGGAUCGUAAAGCAGACAGCCCUGCUGAUCUGCCAGCAGGUCAGGUUUUCAGUGAGGCCAAGGAUGUCAGCAAGCCUAUGCGAACUGAUUCCAAACUUGGCAAAGCUAUGUCUCCAGCAAAAUCUAGUAAAGCUAUGUCUCCUACUAAAACAGAAAAAGCUAUAUCCCCAACAAAAGAUGAAAAAUCUAUGUCUCCAGCUAAAACUGGAAAAGCUGUAUCUCCAGCAAAGGUGAGCAAAGGUGCACCUGGUGAAAAGGCCACCCCUUCAGAGGAUCGUAAAGCAGACAGCCCUGCUGCCAGGCCUGUUGAUCUGCCCACUGGUCAAGUUUUCAGUGAGACCAAGAAUGUCAGCAAGCCUCUCCAAACUGAUUCCAAAGUUGGCAAAGCUAUGUCUCCAACAAAAUUUGGUAAAGCCAUGUCUCCAAUUAAAACAAGGAAGGACAUGUCCCCGACAAAGGAUGAAAAAGCUAUCUCUCCAAGUAAGACAGGAAAAGUUAUGUCCCCUACAAAAGAUAGCAGAGCUGUAUCUCCAACUAAAACUGGGAAAGCUGGGUCUCCAACAAAAUCAGAUAAAGCUAUGUCUCCAACAAAAACUAGGAAAGCUAUGUCUCCAACCAAAGCAGAUAAAGCUAUGUCUCCAACAAAAACGGAAAGAACUAUAUCCCCAACAAAAACUGAAAAACCCAUUUCUCCAACGAAAGUGGGAUCAGAUGCUGCUCGGGCACCUGAAGUGCUUGCAACUCAAGGUGAAAUGGCAGCACCAGAUAAUACAAAGAAGGCUGUUGGAGUCAGGCCAGCAGAUCUACCAGUGGGUCAAGUCUUUGGAGAAACAACUGGUGUCAGCAGACAUCUUGAAACAGAUGCUGUGCUUGGCAAGGCUAUGUUACCAUCAGAAAUUGCCAAAGGAAAGGUGGAGAGUGAUGACCAGAAACCAAGUGCCAGUGGAACACCUGAUGCUGAUAGAAUUGCUGCUAGACCAGUAGAUCUACCAGCAGGAAAUGAUCUCGAUCAAUCAGCUGAUGUAAGUCAGCCAUUGAAGGCCGAUUCUGCACUUGGAACAGCGAUGUUACCAACUGUCGCUGAACCAGACCUUCCAGCAGGUCAGGUGUUUGGAGAACCUGUCGAUUCCACCAAACAGUUGAGAACACAGGCAUCAGAAGGCAAACCAAUGUCGCCGACUGAAGUUGCCUCAUUGGACACCAAAGAAGUGGAAAAAGCAGUUGGUGGAAGGUCUGAUGAUGAUGGUGAGAAGCCUAUGGAGGAGGAAAAAGCUGACGUCAGACCAGCAGACCUUCCAGCAGGGCAGGUAUUUGGAGCACCCGUGGAUACUACCAAACAGCUCAAAACACAGCCAUCAGUCGGUAGACCAACGUCUCCUUCUGAAGCUGCCACAGUGGAGGAAGCAGUCAGGAGAAGGUCUGAAGAUCUUGGUGAGAAACCUUUGGAAGACGAGAAAGCCAAAUUUAGACCAGCAGAUCUACCCACAGGGGUGGUAUUUGGAGCAACUGUUGAUAGCAGUAAAUCAAUGAAAACUGAUGUCAGUGCUGGCAAAGCUAUGUCACCAUCUAAAGCAGAGGCAGUAGAUUCGGAAGAACAGGCUACGAUGGUGGGUGCAAAACCCUCAGAAAUUGGUGCGAAGCCACAGGAGGUGACGGGAACAAUCCUGGCAGAUUUACCCGCUGGGCAAUCGUUUAGAGAACCUGCAGACUUAGACAAACCUCUCAGGACUGAUGCCACCACAGGAAAGCCCCUCUCAUAUUUGGAACAAGGAGGAACUGCGGAAACUACAGAAGCAAUUUCACCAAAGGAUAGUAUAACAAAAUCAGAAAAAAUAGCUAAGCCUUCUCCAUCCUUCAAAGAGGAUGAACGUGAAUUAUCAACUGAACUCGGAGAAGAUGUUGUGGAUGCAGGACAGGAAGCAGACGACACAAGGAUAGGAGCAGACAUCACAAGACAAGGAGCAGACGCAAUGAAACCAGGAAUCUCAUUCGGCGCUGAGGAUCUACAAAAGCAGCAAGACGUCGGCUUCAAGUUUGAAAAGGGUCUUGGAUCCACUCAGGAGGCACCGUCUAAGCCUUAUAAGUACAGCCCCUGGCUUGCUAAGAACCUGAGCGAGGAGCUACCAUUGGUGUACCAAGGGCUAAUGAAGGAUCUUGAGGUGGAGGAUGAAUGGCUGACGUCUGUAGAACAGGAGUUGUGCAAACACCAACCAGUCUGUGAGGAUGAGAAUGAACUGAGGAACCAGUAUGAAGAAAACAAGGCUAUUGCUGAAGACAUCGGAACCCACAAACAGCCCCUCUUGGCCCUCAUCUACCAAGCCGAACAAGUACGGGACAGUUCCAAGGAUGCACUUAGUCCAAACGAGAUCAACAAACUCAACUCGCUCACAACAGACCUCAAGAACCGAUUAGACAAUCUCUCCAAAGAGACAGAAGGACGACUCAAACUCCUAUCAGCAGCGAGUGAGGAACUUUCCAAGUUUGAAGAUGACUUCAACCGCUUCAAGAACUGGGAGGACCAAGCAGAAGACAGACUGCACAACCUUCAGAACAACAGUGGUGACCUUGACAAGGUCAAAGAACAUCUUGAUGUAGCCAGGGCCCUGAGCAGUGAAGUUGUCGCCCACCAGGCGGACCUCAGGUUCAUCAACAUGACGGCACAGAAGUAUGCAAGCUUGGCAAAACAAAGCCAGAAAGACCAACAAGCAUUUAGAGCUCAGGUUCAAGAUUCGAAGAUUCGACCGUCACCAAGUGACAUCACAGAACCAGAGAGCAUCAGAGAUAAACUAAAGACUGCCAAUGACAGGUACCAAGCUUUACAAGAAGACACCAUGGACAUGAUCAAUAGGCUCAGCUCCACCUCAGAGAAACACAAGACGUUCAAAGACAAUCUACAGAGACUCCAAAGCUGGGAGGCGUCUGCUGACAAUCAGCUUGCAAGCCUGAAGAGCGAGCCAGUCAGUUCGAAGCCAAGGGAAUUACAACAGCAACUAGAAGGUGUCAAGUCGUUCAAUGCUGUUGCUAUCUCUCAGGGGAAAACUUUGGAUGAUUUGAAGAAAAAGGCUCAAGAUUUAGCAGACGCUUUGUCGGAUUUGGAAGCAGACGACAGCCAGCUGCACGAUGUGAAGGAUUAUGUUGACGGUUGUGAAGCCAAGUUGACUGAAUUGACGUCUGCUGCCCAGGACCGUGCAAAUUCUCUUCAGUCUGCAUUGGUGCAGUCACAGGGCGUACAGGUUGGUAUGGAAAAUACUCUCAAAUGGCUGCAGGACAUUGAUAUUGCGCUGGACAAUAUGCGCCCCAUCGGUUUGAGCCGUGACCUCCUCAAGGAUCAGGAUCAGCAGUUGAAGAUGGUUGAAGCAGACAUCGCGAGCCGCCAAGCUAGUAUCGAGGGUAUCAAUAACGCUGCCAUGGAGUUGAUAAAAACGAGUGACCCUGCCACCGGUCAACGUAUGAAAGCAGACUUGGACCAACUGAACAAAAUGUAUGCAGAUGUUGUGGAGAAGUGCAAUGCUCGUAGGGAUAACAUUGACAGUGUCCAAGAUAAGUUAGCCGAGUUCCAAGCAGAUACCAAAGCACUUAAUGACUGGAUUGGAUCGGUUGUGCAUAAAUUAGAAUCGAAAGAGAUGACAAAACUUGACAAUCCUGGGUUCAGCAACAAAGUCAAUGAGAUUACUUCAGAAAAGGAUGCCAAAGCUGUCGACCUGGAAAGUCUGCAACAUCUUGCUAGAGAUCUCAUGACAAGCCCUGGCGUUGGGGAUAACACCAGUAUCAAAGAUACACUCCAGGGUGUCGAAUCCAACUGGGGCCAUCUUUCAGAUCUACUCAAACAGCGCCAACAGGAAGCUCAGUUCCGGCUUGAAAUGGCCCAGAAGUACGAGCUUGCCAGGGAGGAGGUUUUGCAAUGGUUGGGAGAUGUGGAAGGUCGUAUUGAUGCUCUUGAGCCGGUCGCCAUUGACAUCGAGGCCAUUGAGAAGCAGAUUGAGGAAUUGCAGCCACUGUUGAAGAGCUACGAGGACUUCUCCCCUAAGAUGGAUGAGGUGAAUGACAUCAACAAUACACUGGAGUCACUUCAGCAUGGUGAUGGUGAGACGGGCAGUCCAGUCAGGAGAAAGUCUGGUUCGCGUCUGGGCAUGCGAGUCCCAACAUCUCCUAUCAGGACCGGUCCAGUCACCUCCCCAUCCUCUGUGGUCAGUCCACUUUCCAGCGAGUCGAGCGGCAUCAGCAGCAGGAAGAGUUCCACGGACAACUUGCUCGGAUUUGAUGAUCUGUCCGAAGCCCAACAACAACUCUUGGAAGUCAACGGACGAUAUGACAUUGUCGGCGAUCGCCUUGCUGACAGACAGAACGAACUCAGCACGACCUUGGAGAAGGUCAAAUCGUACCUGCAGGACAUCCAGAGCAUUCUGACCUGGUUGGACGAGAAAGAACAAGGCAUCGUACCGGACGCAAAGCUGCCGAGUAGCGUGGAGGAAGCGACAAAGAAGCUUAAGGAGCACGAGAAAUUCCACGGCGAGUUGCUCAGCAAGGAAGAGCUUGUGGAUAGCAUUCGUCAGAAGGCAGGCCAGUUGAUGAAGAACAAGGGACACGUGCCCGGUAUCAGCGACAUACAACAACUGCUUGAGCAGCUCGAAGACCGAUGGGACGCCCUGAAAUCCACCUCGGACGGACGCCGAAAGUCUCUCAGUGCCCUGGUGAACGAUCUGAAGGGAUUCCGUGAUGGCCAUGACCAGCUUGUCAAGUGGUUAGACCAGAAGGAAAAGAUGUUGUCCGUGUUGGGACCCGUUGCCUCGGAGCCAAGCAUGGCUAACACACAACUACAACAAGUCCAGUACCAGGAGUACCAGGAGGUGAAGGUCCUCCAAGACGAGUUCAACAGCAUGAACGAUACUUAUAAUCAGUUCGUCCAGUCCGGCAACACAAUCCUGGAAAAAUGCGAGCCAGGCUCUGAACAUGCCAAGAAAAUCAGCGCCGAGUUGGCCGAGGUUGUCAAUGGUUGGGAGAAACUCCAGAACCAGUUGAAGGACCGUGAGGAAAGUUUGAAGAGUCUGCUCGGCCCGGCUUCAGAGUAUUAUGACACACUCCACCAGUUGAAUAAUAUGUUGCCGACGUUGGUGGACAAGAUGGCGGAACUGCCUCCGAUCUCGUCGAAAGCUGACGUUAUUAAGGAGCAGAAAAAGCAGAUGAAGCACAUUGAUGUCGAGGUUGCUACCUACAAGGACUUGCUAGACAAAGCACGAGGACAAUGCGAUGCCCUGUGUGACUCGACCAAGCAGUCGUCAGUCAAAUUUGACCUGAACAACAAGCUGGCCAAUGUUGAGCGCCCGUUCAAUGACCUCAUGAAGAAAUAUGAUUUGUACAAGACAAAGAUGGCCGACGCAGAACAAGAAGGUCAGGAGUUCAGGGUGAAACUGGAUGAGCAACUACAAGUGUUGGCUGGAAUGCAUCAUCUGUUGGAGCGCCUGCCUCCUCUGUCAUGUGACAAGGACCAGAUCAAGCAUGAAUUAGACGACACAGAGAAUCUCCAGGGCAAGCUUGAAGACCUGGAAUACGAAACCAAGAAGACACUUGAAAUGGGCAGACGUAUGUCUCUGUCGGCCGCCAGUCCCGAAGAGAAAGCUGAAAUAGAAAAAGAAGUGGAGAAAUUGGAAGGCGAAUUGAAGAAUCUGAAGAAAGAUGCUGCCGACCAUCAUGAAAAUCUUAAAACUUGUCUCGACCAUGCCAAGCGAUUCCAGGACAACUUGGAAGGGGUGUCUGCCUGGUUGAAAUUCAAGGAGGAUCAGUUGGCCAACGUCCCCGAUGUGGUUCUGAAGAAGGGGGAUAUUGCCAAGCAACUCAAGGAAGCACAGGCAUUCCAGAAUGAAAUCGUCUGGAAGACUGCUGACUUCAACUCCCUGAAAGACGCUGGCCAGAAUCUGCUGCAGGCCACGGAGGCUGACCACAGCAGGGUCAAGAACGAUCUGGAGGACAUCACUGCCAGGUGGGACAGUCUCAAUGAAGCUGCCGGUGAGCGGGUCAAGCAGCUGGAGGAGACGAGUCAGCAGAUCCAGGACUACAACGAUGCGGCCAGGGAUGUGCAGCAUGCGCUCAAGACCAGCGAGGAGAAGCUCAACUCGUACAGGGAUGCUGCGGCUACGUCCAAAGAUUCAAAACACCUGGACAAAGUCAAGAUGCUGCAGGAGGAUGUCCAGAACCUGAAACCCCAGGUGACCGACCUCCGUGAGCAGGCUGAUCUCCUCGUCGCUAGCGCCCCUGAAGGAUGCGAUUCAUCACACGUCGAAAACGAGACCGACAGGAUGGCGAAGCGCUACAACGCCCUGAACGCCGAUAUAGACGCCUUGAUCACCGAAUUCGAGACUGGAUCUGCCAUUUUAGGAGACUAUCAGCGGGAUAUGCGCAAGUUAUCUGGAAUGCUCAACGUGAUAGAGGAAGAAGCCAAUUCCAAACCGGGCAUUGCGAGAGAUCCUGAAACACUGAAGAAGCAGCUUGAUGAUGUGGAGAAGUUGUUGGAGGACCUUCAGAACAAGAAUCAGGCCAUCGAAGAUCAAAAUAAUAAAUUGCAUGACCUCCAGAGUGAAGGCGUGGUGGCUGAUCCAACCAACUUUACCAAUCAGCUUGAGACCCUCCAACUCCAGUGUGACAAACUGAUUGACCAGAAUCAACACCGAAAAGACGAAAUUGAGAACACCCUCGGCAAGUUGGAGGAUUUCAUGAAGAAGAUCGAUGAACUCAACAAUGCCAUUGACAAAGCUGAUGACACAAUGAAACAAAUGCCACCAAUUGGCGGUGAUGAAAACAAGGUCAAGCAACACCAGAAGGAAUUCAAGGCAUUCCAAAAAGAGAUCGAACCAAUCCUGCGAGAAGUCGACCAAACCAGGCAACUCGGCAAUGACCUCAUCCAGAGUGCAGGCUUUGGGGUCAACACAUCUGACCUUGAGGCUGACCUUGACACCAUGAAUAGCAAGUGGGCCGACCUCAAUAGGAAGGUCGGAGAGAGAGACGUCAAGCUAGAUUCGGCACUCCUCAAGUCAGGGAAGUUCAAGGAUGCGUUGGAGUCCAUGUUGGAUUGGGUUGGAGAGACAGAGGAAAUGAUGGCCAAUCAGAGAGAGCCAUCUGCUGACACCCAGGUCAUCAAAGCACAGAUGCAGGAGCAGAAGUUCCUUCAACGUAUGCUAACGGACCGCACACCAAGUGUCGAAUCACUGCACUCGCUUGCCGAUCAGGUCAUUGGUUCAUCAGAGGACGAUCAAGAAAAGGAGAUGAUCUCAUCGCAAAUUUCCGAUUUGGAAGAACGCUGGGAGAAACUGAACGAAGCCGCAGAACAACGCCAAAAGGAGUUGACCGAUAUCUCCGGUAUCGCCAAGGAGUUCCGCGAGAAGAUUCAGCCAAUUAUGGAAUGGUUAGAUAAGACGGAGAAGCUCGUCUCCGGGAUGGAUUCCAUCAGCACAGACCCCGAACAACUGCGACAACAAAUUGAGGAACACAAGAAUCUCAAUGCCGCCAUCUUGGAACACAGGCCGGAGAUUGAUGACCUUGACCAACAUGGCCAGGAGUUGCUCCGUCACACCAAAGGAGAAGAUGCCAAGCACAUCAAAGAAAAACUUGACGCGAUCAAGGAACGUUUCAACGACUUGAACAGUCAGAGCGCGGAGAACCUCUCCACGAUGGAGGAUGCACUACCGAUGGCCCUCAAGUUCCAAGAUGCGCACAACAAGCUUCAGAACUGGAUGAUGGUCGCGGAACCAUCCAUCAGAGAGAAGGGAGAGAGCCAAGAGCAAGCCAUUCUGAAACUUCUGGAUGACCUUGAAACGGUCAAGCCACUCGUCGCAACAAUCAACAAGGAAGCACCACAGCUGUCUGUACUCUCAACCAAAGAGGGCGCUGCAAAGUUAGGCGACAUGGUUGCCAAGGACAACGAGAAAUUCGAAUCCCUACGCGACCAGAUCAAGGUCAAGGCGGAGAAGUUGAAACUGUCUCGUCAGAAGUCCGUGGAGGUGCUCGGCGAUGUGGACGAGUUGAGCGAAUACUUUGAGGAUAAGGAGGGACAGCUGAAGGAGGAUGAGGGCCUCAGCGGCGACCCAGCAGUCCUUGAGGCACACCUACAGGAACACAAGGACCUGCAUUCAGAAAUCAAAGAACAGAAGACAAAGGCUCGUGACGCCAUCUCCACUGCGAAAAAACUGCUCCGUGAAGCCCUCUCAGAUGAUGAAGAUGACAUCAAGGGAAAGAUUGAUACGCUGAAAAAACAGUCGGAGUCCGUCACAAAGCUCUCAGGUGAUCGCUUGAACAGUUUGGAACAAGCGCUGCCAUUGGCUCAUCACUUCCAUGACACGCACGACGAGCUGUUGACGUGGUUAGACGAAAUGGAACCCGAGGUCGAGAAGGAAGGGAUCACGGCGGUCAAUCCAGAUCAGCUGAAAGCACAACAGGAGAAAGUGGCGUUGAUGAAGCAGGAGCUCGCAGACCACAAGCCCCAGCUUGAGAAACUUAACAAGACCGGUGCAGCCUUGGCUAGACUGGUUAGCGAUGACGAAGCCGGACAGAUCACCGAUGCUAUGGCAGCCGACAACACGCGCUACCAGAAGAUGAAGGAAUUCCUCAAGGACAGGAGUAACACGCUGGAAGAAGCCCUUAACAACAGUGCUGAGUUCUCUGAAAAACUUGAGGUGAUGAUUGAUACAAUGCAGACGACUGCUGAACAAGUUGAGAAGGCCGAGCCUGUCUCUGCUCAUCCUGACAAGCUGAGGGACCAGCUGACAGACAACAGGUCACUUAUUGAUGAAUUGGACAAGCGUCUGGCUGCAUUGGAGGCUGUGAAGGCGUCUGCUGACCUGCUGCUCGCUCAGGCCAAGAGUAAGGAGGACGAUGAGGAGGCCAGAGCCGUGAAGCACAAGGUCGAUGAUCUGAUGAAGAUGUGGACGAAUCUCCGUGCUGCCACCUUGCAGCGAAACAAACAACUAGAGGACACACUUGAACUCUCGGAGCGUUUCUGGGAUGACAUCAAUGGGUUGACUUCGACAAUAAAAGAUCUUCAAGAGACGCUCUAUGCCGCUGACCCACCUGGCGUUGAUCCAGAGACGAUCAAGGAGCAGAGAGACGUCUUGGAGGCUGUAAGAGAAGACAUUGAAGCAUCCAAGGCUGACAUAGACCAGACACGCACCAUUGGUGAUGGCCUGAUGCAGCUCUGUGGCGAGCCUGAAAAACCAGAGGUCUCAAAGAACAUUGACGAACUCGACACAAACUUCGAUAGCGUCCAGGCGCAGUGGCUCGAAAGACAGAAGCAGUUGGAUGAAGCUCUAAGAAAGGCGACAGCAUUCCAGUCUGAGCUGAUGAGGAUACUGAUCUGGCUGCAGGGAGCUGAGGAGAAGGUCUCGGAGCUUGGACCUAUUGGUGUGGACACAGAUACUGUCAAAGAGCAGUUGGCUGAUCUGAAGAACUUGAAGUUGAAGUUCGACCCGAAACACCUUGAUAUCGAACACCUGAACCAGAAUGCUGGUGAAAUCACCCAAGACAGCCCAACAGACCAGACCAGGUCCAUCCUUGAACCAGUUGCAGAGGUCAACAAGCGCUGGGAUCACUUGAUGGGUGGCAUUUCUGAAAGAAAGCAAAAGUUACAGAAUGCUCUGCUGAGUCUCGGCCAGUUCCAACACGCCAUGGAAGAAUUGCUCUCAUGGAUGGAGCACACAAAUGAAGCGCUGGACAAAAUCGAGGAAGUUCACGGCGACCCCAAAGCGAUCGAAAUCGAACUCUCAAAACACAAGAGAUUGAAAUACGACGCUAAUUUCCACAGCGUUAGUUUAUGCUCCCUGCAAGAGGCUGCCCCAAAGGUUCUACAAAACGAUGUCCAAGCUCAUCAAUCCAGUGUCACUGUUGUCAGCGAGGCGGCACGAGAUGUGAUCUCCAGUGAGGGAGGUGCAGAAGCUCAGGAGACACGCAAGAAGCUCAACCGCAUGAACGUUCUCUGGGAGGAUAUCCUGUCCAAGCUGAGGGACAAGCAGCUACAGUUAGAGGGCGCUCUGAGAGAGGCCAAGUCGUUCCACGGCGAUCUUCAGGAUCUUCUCCACCGACUUGGUGAGAUCGAUGCAGUGCUCGUCACAUCUAAACCACUGGGAGGUCUACCAGACACUGCUAAGGACCAGCUGGCUAAAUUCAUGGACAUGUAUGUGGAGCUUGACUCCCUGGAACCCAAGGUGCAUGAGGUGUUAGCAGCUGGUGAUGAGCUGAUGGAGAAGACACCAGAUACCGCAGUGAGCGCCCUGGCUCUUGGGCUACAGACGCUCAAGACGAGGUGGGACAACAUCAAGUCCAGGGCCAAGGAAAGAAAGCUCAAACUGGAAGAUGCAGAAGCUCUUGCAGCUAAGUUCCACGACGAUCUCAACUCGUUCAUCACGUGGCUGACAGGCAUGGAGAGGUUGUUUGCUCAGAUGACCCCAGUCAGUCGCAUCCUCGACACUGUUACGGAACAGAUUGAAGCUCACAAGUUACUUCAGAAGGAAAUCAGCGCCCACCGCGAGGCAGUGACUGCCCUAGAAAAGACAGGCACCCACCUCAAGUACUUCAGUCAGAAACAAGACGUCAUUCUCAUCAAGAAUCUGCUCGUUAGCACCCAUCAUCGCUGGGAGAAGAUCGUGUCGAAGUCGGCCGAUAGGACAAAGUUGCUUGACCAUGGAUACAAGGAGGCUAAGAAGUUCAACGAUGCCUGGAACGAACUGAUGAACUGGCUGGAGGAGGGUGUUCGCCAGCUGGAUGAAGGCCAAGCCGCUGGCAAUGAUCCGGACAAGAUCAAACAGCAGAUCAUCAAACACAAGGAAUUCCAGCGGGCUCUCGGUGCCAAGCAGCCACUCUAUGAUAAUACACGUCGAUUCGGUCGCUACCUCAAGGAGAAAUCACCAAAGGAAGAUCAUACAUUAUUGGCUCAGAUGCAGGCAGAACUGAAGGCGAAAUGGAAUUCAGUCUGUAACAUGUCAGUCGAUAGGCAAAGGAACCUUGAAGAGGCGUUACUCUUCUCGGGUCAGUUUAACGACGCCCUGGGAGCCUUGCUUGACUGGUUGUACAAGGUUGAACCAUCGCUGGCAGAAGACAUCCCAGUCAACGGCGACCUGGACUCAGUCCAGAUGUUCCAAGAAGAACACAACGGUUUCCAGAAGGAGCUGAAGAAGCGGGCAAAGAGUGUAGCCUUCGUGCAAAAGGCAGCUAACGAUUUGAUUGACAAGUCUGACGAGGACGCAUCUGAGCUCUCAUCGCAAGUGUUCGACCUGAGUAACAAGUGGGACAGAGUCACCAAGCUGAGUCACGGGAAACAGGCCAGGAUUGAGGAGGCCCUCGUACAGGCCACACACUUCAACCAGAAGACACACGCGGUAAUGGACUCCCUAGCAGAGGCAGAGAGACACCUGAGAACACAGGGCCCACUUCCCGAUGACGAGCCUGCCCUUAUCAAACAGAUUGACGAACACAAGAACUUCCAUGAAGAGUUGGAGAGCCAUGAAGGCGACCUCAAGGAGGCGAUCAGCCUUGGGAACGAGAUUCUCAAACACUGCCAUCCUGACGCCAUCCACACAGUCAAACACUUCAUUGCCACCAUGCAAUCACGGUGGGAUGAGGUCACGGCAUGGUCCAAGCAGCGAGACCAACGUCUGAAGGAAGGCCUUGAAAGCAUGCGUAACAACGAAGCGAUGCUCAAUGAACUCAUGAGCUGGCUCAUCGGUGCCGAGGCAACAUUGACUGCACUGGACAGUGAAACACUACCAAAUGAGAUACCACCAAUUGAAAUGAUGCUCAAAGACCAUCAGGAAUUUGAAGGAGAGAUGACCAAGCGACAACCUGACUAUGACAAAAUCAUCAAAAGUAACAAGAAACACCACACAGAGCCACCAGGCCAUGACAAGGCCCCCGCAGCCUCGAGGUACCUACCAAGGAACAGGCUUGGGUCAGCUAAAAAAGAGAAGAAGUCUCCAGAAAUGAAAUUCAAGAACCCGCGCGUUGGUACCUUGUUUAACACGUGGCGGCACGUGUGGCUCAUGGCAAUGGAACGGCGACAGAAACUGCAGGACGCAAUCGACCAUCAAAACGAGGAUACGUUUGACUUUUUCGAUUAUCCGUUACGGCAUGGAUACUGCCCUGUCCAUGCCGCCCCCUUCUAUAACCAGCUCGAGCGCAUGAAGAAUUUCGAUUUCGAUGAGUGGCGCCGCCGCUACAUGUCUUGGAUGAACCACAAUAAGUCCCGCGUUAUGGAUUUCUUCCGCAAGCAAGAUCGCGAUCACGACGGGAAGAUCACGCGAGACGAGUUCAUCCAAGGAAUACUUAAAUCAAGCGCUCGACACGAUGGGAUUAGAUCGAGAAGAAUCAGUAGAGGAAUGACUACUAGGGAAUACAUUCAUUUCAAAGAAUUCCCUACCACUCGAAUGGAGAUGCAAGCAGUUGCUAACAUCUUCGAUCGUGAUGGUGAUGGUUUCAUCGACUAUAAGGAAUUUGUCUCAGCGCUGCGGCCAGAACGAGAGUCAUCACGCCGCGGCACCGAGUCACAACGUAUCCUCGAUGAAGUCAAAGCACAAUGCUCAAAGUGUACCUGCCAGCGCCAGUUCCGCAUUCACAAGAUCGGAGAGGGCAAAUACAGGUUUGGUGAAUCUCAGAAACUGCGCCUGGUACGAAUCCUGCGCAGUACUGUCAUGGUGCGAGUGGGCGGAGGAUGGGUGGCGCUCGAUGAGUUCCUCGUCAAGAAUGACCCAUGCCGAGAGGGACACAAAAUGCUGGGGGCGCCACCGAUGAUGAUAACGCCACCACGCAUGACCCCACCACUAGCCGGUAUUUUAACUGAUAACACUUACUCCUCCAAAGGCCGCACCAACCUUGAAUUACGAGAACAGUUCAUCCUUGCCCAGGGCGUUUCUCAGUCAAUGGCGACGUUUGUGCCCCGCAGCCCUGGAGGAUCCCACUCUGGAAAUAGUAGUGUUAGCAGUUAUUCAACAAACUCUUACGCCAGUACUAGGACAGCAAGUUCUGCAAGUGGUCCUAUUACUAAGAUAAGAGAAAAGACACAGUGGGGUCAUCCAUGGCGUCAACCAACCCCAAGAUCAAGGGCGAGCCCGGAUAGUGAUGUGGCGCUUGGUGGCGCGCGAAGUCGUGAGAGAAGUGGAAGCUCAUCUCGUCGGGAUCGCAGCAUUGGCGACCCAUUUGAUGCUGGCACCAAGAUACCCAAACCUAUGGGCAGUCAAGGAGGUAGCCGACCAAGCAGUCGUCCAGGAAGUCGUCAAAAUAGUCGUCCAGGAAGUCGUCAAAAUAGCCGUCCACCAAGUCGUGCUGGGAGCGAAUUUUCCUCUGACGGCGAGUCUGAGUCUCGCAUUCCACUCCCACGGCCGUCACCCAAGAAACCCACGUCAUUAGCCACAAAGUCACCGGGAGCUGGGUCCACUGGUGCAGCCGGAUCGUCCGUUUCAUCGAAAGCACCCGGAGCCACAUCUCGGACUCAACAACCUGCUUCUGGAUCUGCGUCGAAAACCGCCCCGAGGCAAGCGUUCACACGGAUACCAUCAAUCAGACGAUCUAAUAACUCAUCUGCUUCAUCAACCGCAUCAACUGCUUCCACAGCCAGCACAACAAAGAGAAAAUAACACCCAACAUCCAAGGAACAGUUCUCAUAUUUUCAAAGCAAAGCUGUGAGAUGAAAUAUUCAAACAUGAAAUUAUUUUGUGCUGUGCCUGAAUGAAAAUAUAUACACUGUUGUUGAGUGUGUACAGUAAUGCACAGGAGUGCACAAGUGUGAUGCAUUACGUACUCGUGAAUGAUACUGAUACUGAUUAUGACAUUUUAUAACUAAGGGUACAAGGAAAUAGAAGUAGAUUCAAUUAUUUAUUCAUGACUUGAAAGCACCAUUAAAAACAAAAUACUGCCACUUCAGUUCGAAGUUUGAUUAAUAGUUGUCGCUUGAGGAAAUGAAAGGCAGAUGUGUCACUGAUUAUUUUGCAGAUAUGACCGCUUUGGUAAUGACAUGGAAUGCCAUGGCAACCUAUGUUGUUACCUUGGUGACAUCUGACAUUGCUAUAGUGAUGCAUAAUGUGAGAGAGAGAAAGACAGACAACUAAUUUUUCAAGCCACCCAUGAAUGCUUGUAAAAAGAUUGUAUUCAUCUGCUGUGUUUUGGCUUGCAUUCAUGUGAUGAAAACCUGAAUUACAAAAGUAAAAUGCACCUUUUCUCUAUGUAAACCAUGACUAUUUAAAUCUAAAUUAAGGUAUAAAAAAAUUUAUCACAAGAGGUGUAUAAAAUAUAUAGAUUAUAGAGCAAAAUUUAUAGAAUAGCCGCAGAUCUUGGCAUACCUAAUCAUUGCCAUAAAUGACCAUCAGUUCACAUAGCAACCAACCAGAUGCUUUGGCAACUGUUUGGUUGCUAUGUGGCAGCUCUGAUGUUGCCAUGGUAACUAAUGAAACAAAUGAAUGGUUGGAUUCAAAUGAAGAUAUCACAAGUUGCAUAUCAUUUGUACCAAUUCCUGGAAUACAUUCCACUGCUUGUAUUAUUGCUGUUUACUAUGUGUAGGGAAAGUGGAGCAAAGGAUUUUCAUGAAAAAAGAUUUUCAGUUUGAAAAGAAAUUGAGAAAAUGCCAUAUGGAUUUAAAUUGCUUGAUGUUUGUAUGUAUGUAUUUAUACAUGGAUUUUGAUUGGAAAUUGAUAAAGAACUUCGGGGGACGAGGUUCUUUUUUCUUUUCCGUCUUCAUUGGUGAUUGUAUAAUCAUGAAUUAAGUUACAUGUAAGUGUUUGAUUAGUAACCGAACGUUGCUCCUAAAUCCAAGCCAUGUAUGAUUAAAUAUUCAGAACGAGUGCAUGUUAUUCCAAUUUCGACCAUUUUUUCAAGGUGAAAGGAGGCUAUUCUUUAUUUGUUAUGCGAUGCAAUUUAUAAAUCAUGUGUGGAGUGAUCGGGGAGGUAUUUAAUUCAUAUAAUCGUGAACGUACUGAGAAUGGACAAACCAAGAACUUUACUGAUUCCUAUUCAACAGCGGGGACCUGUUUCAUGGGAAUCUGAAAGCAUUCAUUGUUGCUAUGGUGACCACUCUGGUUGCUAUGGCACUAUAGUAACUGUUACUAUGGUUACUAAGAGAAAACAGUCCAAUCCAUUUGUACUUAUAGUUAGAAAACUACAGUAUUGUUCCACAUGAGAUGUCCUGUAGAUAACCAUGAAUAACAGUAGAUUUAGUGUUCAUAUAUUUAAGAGGUGAUUAUCCUCAACUGUUGUAUAAAUGUAGCUGGUUAUUAUUUUCUAUUCAAAUCAUGGGCUAGAUAAUUUUGUUUGUAUUAAUUUAAUACGACACUGAAACGUACUUGCCCUUUAGUCAAGGUCACGUAUGUGUUUACCAAUUGUUUUGUAAAGAAAGUUGUAAAAUAUUUGAUUUGGAUGAUAAGGUAUUUUAGGUGGCUAUGAAGUUGCAUUGCUACACUGCAGCGGGUAGCGUCCUGGUUUUUUAGCCACUUUGCCCUUUGUUACUUUCUAACCUCGUGCCUAUGUUUCACGGUACGUCUUUCUCUCGUUAAGAUUCUCCUGUGAUAUGAACAGGAUCUGUUACGAGACUUGCUUCAAGGGUCGAGAGGUGUCCAAGGAUUCUUUUCGUCCUCCCGACCAACCCGUCUAUCUAAAUUUUCAAGCUUUGUGCUCUUUUGCAUAGUGACACCAAAUAGCCAGGUCAUUCAUUGAUUAACUGUGUAAAAUCACUUUUGUUGCAACUGCAAACUCAUGACAGUUAAAAACCGAGUCAAGUUAUUCCUUAAGAUGUAAUUGUUCAUGUACAUGUAUGUUGAAAUGUACAGUUUAAGAACAAGCCAAUGAAAUAUCUGCAGACAGAAGUGAUUUUACGAUGACGCACCUCUUUUCUUGUUUAAAUUUCAUCCGAAAAGCAUUAUAGACAAUGAGAUAUGUGUGAGUGCUGAACUAUAUGAUUUUGAGGUCACAAUUAACAGCCAAUAUUUCAUUGAAUAAUGGAUUCAUAACUAAGAAACUUUGCUGAACAUUUUAUACAGUCAUAUAGUUGCAUGGCAAUUUCCUAAUCAUAAAUGAAAUUCAUAUUCACGUUCUUGGCAUUUUUGAUAGGAUACUUGCCCUGAUUCAAAUCCAUUUAUUUAUUCAAAAUGUAACUCUAUAUCUGGCACGAAUAGAAUUUGGUUCUGAACUCAUAGAUAUAGACUUUAAUUAUGAAUUAUCACUGUAAUAGUUCUUCUAACAUAGUGAAAUUUGGACUGAAGAGGUCAUUUUACUUCAUCAGAAUCAAUUUAAGUCUAAAAUGAUAAAUCAGAUGAUAACCUUUGCCAUAUAUUAAAACCCAUAUCGGAAUAUAAACCCCAACAUUACCUUUAAAAAAAGGAAAACUGAAACUAUCAAACACUAUCAAACUUUCUUUUUAAAUCUUGCCAAUUCCAUUCAUUGUGUAGUCGUUUCUUGGAUUUGGUGAAGAGAGGAAUUUUAGCAACAUGCAAAGUGACUAUAAUGUUCUGAUGAAGUAACACCCUGGCUAAUUGGUGAUUUCCAAUAUAACUGUAAUACUUUAAUGUCACUGAACUCUCAGAUAUAGUGCCCUGCACUCGGUUUAAUGUCAUGGAAUUUCAGUUUGCUUGUUGCAGCAAUUAAAAUUUGCAUAUAAUAACAACUA